AUGUUGAUGAAGGAGUACCGCAUCUGCAUGCCUCUCACAGUGGAGGAGGUAGGUGAAGUUUUCUCGCUUUUCGUGAUGUUUUGCACCCUGUAAAUGUCUGCUCCAUGCCCGCUCAUGCAUUAAAGUAACGCGUCUUACUGCUGCGUGUCUGCACGGCAGCAGCUCAUGUUUGAUGUACAGCUGGGUUAACUCUGGAGAAGUUGAACGAUGCGCUUAUUAUUGCAACAAAGGACACGGUGAGCUCCAUGACAGAGGUGGAGGUUUGCAGCCGCAGCCGCUGGGUGGAGCUGCUGUCGUCUCCCUUUAGGCUGACAGUCAAAUCGUGUGAAUUUGGAGAUUUAUGUGAAGCAGAAGCAGAAAGGAGGGCAGUGUGGUCAUCAUAGGUCGUGAAGGACAAGUCUUGUCAUUGUUUACUUCCAGAUUGAUUCAUAUAAACUGUUGUUUUCCUCUUCCUCCCCUUGUAAUCAACACUCUGCAUUUAUUCCUCCCUUUGUCACACAUCAUCAGGACUCAAGGAUGCUACCUUCUUUGUUUUUGUUUACACGAUUGAAUCUACGCCACCUAUGCACGUUUUCUUUUUCUCUCUUUCACAAAGCUAAAGGACUAAAUCGCAUAUCUGACUUGCACAUUUGAUCUUCUGGCAUUUGCAGUCACAGUAACACACAUUGUGCUUGAAAGAAAGGAUGAUACACACAAGCGUCUGCAGGCUGAAGUUCCCCUCAGGUCACACUGACACAGAAACUGCUUCAUGACCCAGUAAGGCUGCUGUGUUUUCACAUUCUGGGCUGCAGAUAGGAUGCAAUAUUUCUUGAGCGUUGUGACUGUGGUUAUUUGAUUUGGGUGGACCUCCUGGGUCUUUGUCAUCCCCUUUUUAUUCAGUGACAUUAAAGAAGGUGUAGCACUUUUGUUAGCCCCUGUGUUCAGUUAAACCCUCGGUAUAAAAGCAGAUAGUCAUCAGACGAUUCAUUCCACUGUUACCUGAUCUUGAACGACAGAUGUUCCAGCUGAAGUGUUUUAUAGACUUGAACUGUCAUGCAGCUUUUAUGCUCCAUUUAACCCGGUUUAUGAGCUGCCACAUAGAGAGAGUCUGUGCACUGGGUUAGAAUAGUGUUUCUAAGAAUCGCUGCUGAUUUUAUUCAGUCUGUGAGAAAACAAUCCUUCUCCGCAGUCGAGUAAGGCACAUUGUGUCCUUAGUUUGGCUGAGGAUGAAACUGAAGUCAUCACUACUUUUAGACACAGAGCUUUCUUGAAUAGCCUCCGCUGAAAUCUACUGAUCUUUAUCUCCCUCCAUGGUUCUGCUGUGGACCUUUUUCUUUCCACCAGUUUCAUGUUUAUAAUUACCAGCAUGCUGCUUUAUCAGCUCUGUCCUGAGGCUGAUUGGCUCUUCUGCUUUGCUCCGCUCCAGCGCUGAUGGAAGACACUGUUUUUUUCCCCCUUCUGUGGAUGAUUAAAAGCUAUCACAUCUGUCGCUGCAACGAUAAUGAUGAAGCCUUAUCUAAUCUAUUGAUCUGCCAUUGACUUGGCAAAUGGACAUUUGUAAUCUGGUAAUUUCUGCAGCGUACAAACACACACCCCCUCAGAACAAAACACACAACAGAUAAUGUUGCAAUUGGUUUAGUUCUGUGUUUUCCCUCCAGUUAUCAAAUCCUGCUGCUGGAAUAUAACAAAAUAUAACACAUCAUAGAUUAGCAGCACUGCUGUCUCCUUGUUUGUGUAGGGUUAGUAGAGCAUUGUAGUGUUAUUGCAGUGGCUUUAGGCUUUAAGGGGUGGACAAGGACAUUCAUCAAAAGACCAAACUUUGAUCCAGAAGACAUAAGUUUGAAUCCUUUUUGUAAUAAUUGACAAUAUAUAUGAGUUAUGCAAGUAGCUGUAAUUCUGAAGGUUUGAGGUAGACUGAAAAACGGAAUUUUUUGACGUUCGAGUUACAUCGGGAGUCAGAUGUCUGAGCUGGGAAUGACGUCACACCUGAAAUUACCAGCGUUUCAGUUACCAAGUCGGAAAAAAACAAAAUCGGAGGCAGGAACAAGAUGGCUACAUCUACAAAAGUUAUUUUAGUGCUUGUUAUUCAGCUAUUUUAGGUUAUUUUAGCAUCCCCUUUCAUAGAUGUAGCCAAGAUGUAGCCGACUUGCUGACCGGAACGCUGGUAAUCGGGUGUGACGUCAUUUCCAGCUCAGACAUCUGACUUCCGAGAAAACUGGAACAUAGCAAUACUUUAGUUUUGACGUGAAGUGCAAGUAGAUGUAAUUCUGAAGGUUUGAGGUGGACCGCAAAACAGAAUUUUUCUGUGUUCGUGUUACCUAGGAAGUCAGUUGUCCGAGCUAGGAAUGACGCUUGACAGAAAGUCUUUGGCAUUCAGACUCAAUGGGGUGAUUUGUGGGAUCGUAGGAUGCCUGAUCUGAGCGGCGGUAGGAAAAUCUCCCAAUGGAGUCCUGAAGCUGGUGGUGGUGGUGGCGGCUGAAUGAUGAAUGAUGGCACUGUUGAUUCUGCUGAGAUCGGGUGGAGAUGGGGAAGUGGAAAGAAAGAACUAGAGGCAGAGAAGAAAUUCCUUUUUAAAAUGAGAGCAGAAUGGGGAUAGGCUGACUGUGAGCAUGUGCUACCAUGCUAUUGGAUAAGCAAAGACACCAGUGAAGUGGUUGAUUAACCAAUGACUGCUCUGAAAGAUGACAUCAUGAAAUGUGAGUAGGCCUGAGAGUGGAAAAGACACUUAUGCAGUUGUGACGGCUAUUAUAGUCCUCCUGACUGAAUUUACACUGGAGCUUCAUUUUUGAUGUGAAGUGAUAUUGCUGUGUGAAUCUUGCACCUUACUGUAGUUUGUUCUUUUAGCUCCUCUGAUGCACCAACUGCUCACAGAAAUGUCUUUUCCAGUUUCUUGUCUCAUCUUAGACACUCGUGAAAAAAAAGACUUUGAAUCUCAUUCAGCGGAUUCAAAAAAUCCAACUAUUCUGUGACGACUGUCUUGCAUUGAACUUGUUGAGCUUCUGUUUGCCAUUGAGGUUAUGGGUUAGAGUUGCUUCUGUUAAGGGAACUAUAGCAUUGCAAACAGAACGCACCAUCUCUACAGCACCAGGCUGAAAGGACCGAUUGUAAUUUCUACUUCUUUUCAAACCCUUUUCAGUGUGAAGGUGGAAGACCUUUUAUUCAAUGCAAACAUAAAAAGGAAGUAAAAGGAAAUCCAUUUAACCGUCUUUCCUAUUCCAGCGCAGCUUUAACCAGCGUAAUUGAACAGCGCAAACUACAUAUUGGAUGUGUUAUGAGCACACCGUCACCUCAGUAUACCAUCUUUCCCUUGAAUUUGAGAUGAGGAAUGAUUCACUCAGUGUUUCAGUGUUCAGGGGAUAUCAUAAACAAUACUCACACCUCACAUCAAAAGAGUCACGAAUCCAAAUCUCCCUGAGUGGAGUUGCAUCAUGAGAGUAACAAGCUCCUCUCCAGAUGAAUACGAGCGUGUUAGUGAAGUGGACAGCUUCUAUGUAAGAUGACACGACUGCACGGCUAAACAGUUUCAUCCCCAACAAUCCCCAGCAGGCUCUCCAAGAGGCUCUCGUGUUCAAACGAUGAUUAAGUUGAAGGACUUCCAGGAGAACAAAUUCAGAGUUUGUCGUGGUGUUCUCCUUGUCAGAUAUUCUCCAUUCACUUGACUACAGCAAAAAGUAUUGAAAGAGAAUCUGCAGGAUUUUUCCUGCAAAGUACAAUAAUCUGAUUGUUCUGUUAUGGAUAUUUUGGUGUCAAGUUGAUGUUUGAAGUAGAGAUGCACCUAUCCAUUUUUAUCCGAUCCAAUCUGAUACCGAUACAUGGCUGAGCGUAUCGGCCGAUAUCCAAUACCAAUCCAAUACUACUGUUGAAUGAAUCAGCUGUAUACCUCGCCCUGUGAGUGAAGGCAACAGGCUUGACAUUAGCCAACAAAUUAACAGAGGUAAAAAUUUUACUUAAUAUUAUUUGUUGACAAAUAACAAAUGGCACAUUGGCACACAGCAAAAAGAAGUAAGACUUCCAUGUAAAUAUUUAGUGCAGAAGGAUAGACAGACAUAGAAUAUAGAGCGAACAGAAUCCCUAUGUUGCCAUGUUUGAUAUUGAUUAAAAGGAAAAAAGACUGGAUUGGUGUCAUUCAUCAGAUAUCCGAUCCAAUAAAUUUGUCAAUAUCGGAGCCAGUAUCCGAUCCAAAUAUCAGAUCGGUGCAUCCCUAGUUUGAAGCAGAUUGAAAAAAGUUACUCAUUCACGUACUUGCAUUGUGUAGAAUAUAGAUAAGGGUGUGGCUUUUUCUGCUAUAUUUGAGUUUGCAUUUGCACGGUCAUGAGUAACCCCAAUUUAAUUAUAUCUUCUGUAUUCUUCGCUUUGGUACAUUAUCUUCAAAUUUGUUAACUGUCUCUCUCGGUACAUUGUGCUCAAGCUGAUUGUUAUCGUAUGAGUUUGCACAAGCAUAUAGACAUCACAAAUCGUUUAAUGCUUUCUGAUAAGUCGGAGAGAACCUGGUGGAUGUAUCCGUCAAAAUGUUAUCAGAGAUUUUACACACGCACCCAAAAUGCUGACAUUUUUGUGAUCAUGUCAGUCAUCUCUCAGCUGCAGAGAGAAAUCAAAGUCAGCCAAAAUAUCACCCGUCAAAACAUGGAUACGAACAACCAUUUCACACAAAGCGGGACUGAAACCAAAAUGAGUCACAGAGUCACAGAGUCUGAAUACCUUGAAAUCUCAGACUGAACAAUGUCUGGGCCUGUCCAUUCUUCAUCCUGCAACAAUCUGGGCUUAUAGAGGAGGAGGAGGCAGACACCUAUUUGACUAGUCAGACAGUCGUCGUCGUACGGACCGUCUCCAGGGUUUCCGUAUGUUUGUUGUUAAUUUUUUUUUACGCCUCUAGGGUGGAGACUUGGUGCUCUGUUCCUCGUGUCCUGAGAAGCCCGAUGCUCAGCCAAGCAUCGACCUUGUUCACACGCACCAGAUGGAAGGUGUCAUGCUUACACAGAUGAUGUGCCAGACGUUAAAGAUGAGCCAAGGAGAGAGAGAAGAGGACAAGUCAGCAAGAGAGGAAGGAGAGAAUGCAGAGACUGAAGGAAGAUGAUGAUGAUGUCCUAAAACCUUGACUGGUAUUCUGAACGCAGAUGGCGCCGCUAUUCAUCAUGUUCAUGCACCAGCUCGGCUUUAAACCUCAAUCUUCCCAACAUUUGCAGACUUUUAUACCAGCACUACAGUAAAGCUCACUUAAGGUGUGUUUGCACUGAGCAGGCUGGUUCAGUUUGGUCCGUCACAGCUUGUUUAGAUGGAUGUUUCCAUUGAUUGAUUGAUUGAUUUCAGUCUCAGUAGUUUGACUCUCUUCACAUUGGAUGAAUGUUUCUGCAACUUUCCAUGUGAGAGCUUUUUUAGGAACAUUUCUUAUCACAAACUUGCAGAGUAAAUAUCUACUUUGUUCACAUAGAUCUCCCAGUUUUUUGAAUUGGACUGUAUAAUGUAACACCACUGGCUGUUACAGAUAACAGAAGUCAGUUUUCCACCUCAAGUCUGUGUGGUUAUUUGUCCUCACACCACUGCUUGAACUGCUUCCCUUUGACACUCCUCUCCGGCUCUCCAGCUGCAGACUGCUGGCUCAUUGGGCAGCUCCUGCUAUGCUGAUAAUUGAAAUCCUGACUCCUGGUGAUGUUCUUGAGCUCGCACUUAGAGAGGUUGUUUCAGAUUAUGGCUGUUUUCUUCAAGCUGAAUUUCUGUGCUCCUCCUGCCGAGCGGCUUGUUUAUUUCAGGGUUGCUGUUUUUGCCGUCUCUUAAACGCAUUUCAGCGGGCUGCGUCAUUUGCAGUUAAUUCAUCAAUUCAUUAAGUCGUGGCCGGCAGAGUGAAUCUUGUGAAGAACAAUGGGCAAUUGAAAGCAGUUAAUGCAAAACAUGUUUUCUUCAAGCUCCUAAGUAACCAUUUUAAUGCAGUACACUACUGCUUGUGUUUAUAUUGAUCCCUGAAUAGACAAGGGACUUGCGAAAGCGGGAGCGGGUUUUGGAGUAAGGAAGUGGUAAGACCUCACAGAAAUAGUAAACAGCAGAUGUCUGUUCUCUGGUAGAAAAGAUAUCACAUAUAAAAGCUAGAAGAUCUGAUGGUCCAGCUGUCUAAAAAGGUAAAGAUGUGUUGGUGUAGGAUUGUGAUACAGCCAGAGUGUAGUGUUGGUAUGAGUACUGUAAAAAGUGUAGGCUGAUACUGCAUCAGGAAUGCAUCAGCUGAUAAAACUAUACAAAAUCUGGAAACUCAACUCAUUUCAUCCAAAGAUCUUCUGAAUCUCUUUGCAAAGAGAGAGUAACCGUCCCCCAGUGUUGUUUUUUUUUGGUCCAUCGAAGUGUUAUGAAGUAGAUGAUCUAUGUUUUUUUAGAGUGGCUUCUACCUUCCUCAGUGUGAAUCUCUCCACCACAUCCUCCAGUGAGUCCAACUUGAUUCCAACCACAAAGCCAGCUUUUUUCACCAGUUUGUCACUAUGUUGAGUCCGUAUCCAAGCAACAGUUUCAUGAAGAACAUCACAUGGAACUUCAGCCGUUGCCUUGUAUACAAGUAUUGAACUUUCCCUUGGAACAUCAUAAGGUCAAGAGUUCAAUAUCUGGACAACACAGCUUCUCCUUAAUAUUUAUGUGUGAAGAGUUACAGUAUCUCUGGUAAACAAGUAAAGUCUGACCCUCUCCUUUCUUCUUGCAGCUAGCUUUAGCAUCUCUGUCCGACCUUAGAUUUCUGAUAGAAUGCUAACUUCUUAAAAUCCACUCACUUCGUUAGACCGGCAGCUUUCUUGCAACAAACUGGAAAAUGUAUUUCUGUGGCAUCCUCAAAAACAAAGGUAAUCUAUCAUGAUUUAUGUCACUUUUAGUGGUAUUGGGUGAUUUCAAGCUGACUGUGUUAGGGUAUGUUGACCAAUCAGAGGCUGUAUCCGUGUUCAAAUCUUAUCAUUUUCCACAGACCUACAGUUUAUCUGUGAUGAAGUCUGCUUCUACCUUCCCAAAAGGAUCUAUGAACAGCAACUCACUCACCUGCUUCCAUUCAGGUUUAGAAAACUCCUCAUAAUCUUUUCCUGCAUCACACUCAGUCUGCUCUGAGUCUGAAUUUCCCUUCAGUGUUAGAGAGGCAGCUUAGAAAUACUCUGUUGCUCGAGUAGAUGAGCGGCAGAGUUAUAUUUUUGAGGCAAUUUACCGAGAAGGCCUGACAAGGUUACUAACUAAAACAUACAAGCAGACACAAAUUGCCUCGUGCAACAACAACAACUUUAAUGAUGUGGUAAACAUCCAGGGUCAACCGAUUUCUAUUUAUAACCGAGGGCUGAGGACUAAUUUAAGAGCAGCCGUGCAGAAACAGUCGGUCAGGUGACUGGAGGUUGUGGGAAUGGAGGUGACUUGCAAACAGGUGAGAAGUGAUUAUAUCCUCAGGAGAGGAGAGAGUUUAUGGUUUUGACAUUGAAACGAAGCAGAGCGACGGCUGCUUUUUACACUGGAGCGCUAACAUUUCAGUAUUUAUGAGAUAGUUUUUUUCUUACAAAGUAAAACUGUAGUUUCUGAAAUAGAUCCUAUCUUUUGUCUUGUUUAUCAAGUGUUACUGCAACUCUGUUCAGCAUCUUCAAUUCCCCCUAAUUUCAUCAUUUCAUUUCCUCAGAUUAAUUUUCGAAAUGAGCAGUUGCUUGAAACUCUGCACGUGGCAGCGAUGGGCUUCAAAAAGGGGUCCUGCGGGGUUAGAGGAGGCAGUGACACUUUUAUAAUAGUCUCUCUGAUGAACAUACUCAUCACAGACAGGCAUACAAAUUUGACUGACACUUACACGGAGCAUAGCAUUUGCACUAAUUCCAGGAAGUAGCAGCCUCCCUGAUACUUUAUUUAGUUUGCGAAAUUAAGUGAAAUAUGCAGCAGCAGAUUUCUCUUUCAGCAGAGGUAAAGUGAGGAUAUUUAAACUCAGUUCACCUCAGCUCACUCCUUGGGUACUUUGGCAAAGUUUGGACGUUUCUUUUAGUAAGUUUUCCCUCUUUGAGAAGUUUGAGAACAAAUUACAACCACAAAAACAGGAUAGUGAAAAGUCAUAUGCAGAAUAUUCACUGUGUUUUGCAAUUUCUGGAAUCUUUUACCGACAUCUCAGAUGUUUGCAAGUGUAGAGUCGAACUUCAAACAUCUCCUCCGGCCACCCUGUGAAGGAAACCUAUUUCGGUCGCUUGUAUCCGCGAUCUUAUUCUUUCAGUCAUUACCCAAAGUUCAUGACCAUAGGUGAGGAUCAGCACGUAGAUAGACUGGUAAAUUCGAGAGUCUCGCCUUACGGCUCAGCUCUUUCUUCUCCACGACUUUUCGGUUAAGCGCCCGGAUCACCGCUGACACCGCUCCGAUCCGCCUGUCGAUCUCCAGCUCCAUCCUACCCUCACUCGUGAACAAGAUCCAGAGAUACUUGGACUCCUCCAAACAUUUAAAUCUUUGGUUAGACAUGUACUUGCAUGUUAUUAGGUGUUGCAUUAAGAAAACUUUGUGUAUCAUUGUCAAAUAGCCUAAAUUGUGGAAGCGCAUUUCUGAAACUUUUCCAUUUGUUUCUGCUAAGUUCCCUUGUUGGAUUCCACUGACAGAAGCUCCUUAAACUCCAGAUUUAAUGCUCAGCAGCUACAGCUCCGCUCUGAAACACGCCUACCUGCAUGUCUCAGAGCGGCGCUUUAAUACAAAGCUAACAUCAUUCACCUUAUCAGAGCAGGAAACUCUUAACGGCCUCUAUUGCUCCCUCUCUUCCUGUUCGUCUAAACCGCGCUUACUGUCAACAUCCUGUCUAAACAAGGGGACACAAUGGCUGCUGAGAAUAGCCGCCGCGCUGACACGCUGUGAAUGUGUCAGUAGAGUUAUGGGGCAGGUGUUGGAGGAGAUGCAGCAUGAGAAGGGGAGCAGCUGGGCAUUACACACCAUAAUGUGAUCCCAGUGUUUCAGGAGGCAUUGUCUGCUCUGAUUGAUGAGUGAUUGUAAUUGUGAUCACGCUCAUUGUAUGAUAAUGGGGAGUGACAUGAAUGAGUCUUUUUGGAGGCAACACCGUUUCUCUUCUACAGAAGCAAAAAGGACACACCCCCUACUUAUCGCCCCAAAAAGGUCGUCCACUCACAACUGUAUGUUAUGAAGUUAGCAGCUUAAAGAAGUAUUAUGCUUCUGCUGAAUGGACAUAAUACUUUUUUGUGGAUUAAAGAGACUCAGAGCCGAUUGAACAUGAAAACUGCACAAUCUUUAAGAUCAUUUCGAUUUGUGGCAUUAAUCCGACUAAAACCGGACUUUAUAUCUGCAUGCAUACCUACAAAGUGCAGUUAGGGAUUGAUGUCAUACUCUUCUGUUGGACUGAAAUUGGCCAAAGAGUUCUGCACUUGCUAAAGAGUUAGCAAGCCGGGCUUUGACCCAGAAACUGAGUAACCUAAACAUGGUGCUAGAAAACAAGAACCAUGACAGACAAAGAAAAGACAAAAAAACGGUUCUGAAUGUUGGCUUCCAUUAAUUUCCAAUAAAGUUGACCGCUGCUCCCAGACUGUCGUCUAGAUUAGCUUUAGAUGAUCGUUGAUGGCUUUAGAGAUUGACCUUGGGGUGAAAUUAGGGCUGGGCAAUAAAACAAUUACGAUAUCGAAAAUUAAUUUCCCUCAAUAUCAAUAUAAAACACGGUCAAUAUGCUUCUCGAUUGUCUGCAUUCUGCCAUGUUUUGGUAGAUCCCUUUUUUUGGAUGCCGAUUUGAUUUAAAUUGCAAUUCUACGAUAUUGUUGAUUUUCUUGAUUUUUAGUCUGCAUUUUGAACACCAGUGAAACUGUUGAAUGAUUAUUAUUGUCUACUACUUAUUCCAGGAACCAUAUUUCCCCAAAAAACACACAUUUUAUGUAAGUCAGUUUCUAAGAUUUAUUACUAAAUUUGAAAAAAAAGCUUUUUAAACAUAAAAAUCUAUUUAAUAAUUGUAAAACAAAAAUCGCAAUACUUGUGUGAAUCGAUUUUUUUCUCCCACCCCUAAUGAAUAGCCGAUGAAAAGGGGAGUUUCUCCAGGUUCACUUUGCGCUGAACCAAUCAUGUGCUGAAUUAGAACCAAGUAGCAAACAAAUGCGUAGUAGCAGACUGCAGCUACACGCACACGUAGCAUUUUAACAGCGCAACGCCUUACGACAAAACGUCAAAGAGACGCUUAUCGCUUAGCUUAUUGUAUUGCAAAAGACAUGCUACCAAUAAGCACUGUUAAAUUUCAUUAUUUAUAUCGUGAUAUAUAUCGAUAUCGACUAAUAUGAAAAAAAUAUAUAUUGUGAUAAACUUUUUCCCAUAUUGCCUAGCCCUAGAUAAAAUACUAAGAUUUUAAAGGUCAAGACAUAUUUAUGACCAUAUCUGAAAAUGAGAGUGUUUAAUAUCUAGAUGAUGAUGUGUUUCAAAAGGUCAAAGGUUGACUUUACUUUGAAUUUGUGUUAUUUUGAUGAUCAUCACUCGACAUUUCUCUUUAGGUGAUAGAUGAUGUUCCCUUUAUUUCAAAUAUCUACAAGAAACAAACACACAGAAGUGUCUAAAUGACGGCGGAGUGUGUUCAAGCUCCACAGAUGGAGACUCUAAUCACUGUAGUGCUCUUACUCUAUACAGGGAUGGAGAACAAGUGCGUUCACCACCAAUCAAAAUGUUUCCCUCCUUAAAUCAAAGCAGUGGAUUAAACUGAUUUAGUCAACGAGCUGUAUAAUUAUCGUCUGAUCCUCUGAAAGGGUUUGCUUCAAACGGCUAAUUAGGAGACGAUCACGCCAUACUCCGCUAGCGCAUGCCCAAUCAGCUCCCAUCAUGGUCAUCAUCACCAAAACAAUAUUACAAUCCCAAACAUAUAGCUCCCUCUGAAUGCGCCAUUAACUUUGAGAGAGCUCCGGCGCACUAACUGUGUGUAAUAAUACUAAAGUAUAAAACCUGCAGAGUGGAGGGUUUAAUUUAGAAUAAUGUAUGUUCAGACCCGUCGGUACGUGGGAGUAUUCACAGAUACACGGCGCUCACACAGGACUAACAGGUACACGUGUCCUUGGUUGCUACAGGAACAUCAGCAGUUGGCGCAUCAUUAGAAAUCCCUGCGAUGGUGAAGUGGCCUUUUGGAUGUGCGUCCUGUGGCAUGGGGCGUCAGGGUUUGUGUGUGUGUGCACGUGUGUGAAGAAACCAAAGAGGCUGUCUUCCUGAUGUGCAGUUCUGAUGUUGAUGAACUAUGGAAACAACAAGGUGAUUAGCCAUGUGCUGACUCAAGUCCUGCAGGUCCACUCAUUGUCCUCAAAACUGGAAUGUGUUUACUUCCUUUAUUCAUAAUUUAAUUGAAGGUACUUGAACUGCCUCUUUUUUUGCAGGCAGUAGGCUGCACACCAGCGAUGAGGAUGUCUGUUGCAUGUCUUGCACUGGGGUAGGAGGUAGGGCUGGGUGAUAUGGCCUCAAAUCAAUAUCACCUCGAUAACGAUAAAUGGACGAUAACUACUCUACAAGCUGUUCACCCCCUCCCGCAUUAACUUCAUCAACUUCAGCCGCUCCAACUUUUGAACCGUCCUCCAUCUCCUCACCUGUCUUUCCCUCUUUGUUACGGACUGGAUGGGGUGGAGUCACGUCUCUGACGUAGGACAGCGUCUUAAAGGGACAUGACACUAUGGCCUACCUACACACAUCUAAAACCAACUUUUAUUUUUUUAUUUUUUUGACACCGGAUAUACCGAUAUGGGCAAAAUGGCGUUGGUUAUUGUCGUAAAUUUCAGUAUCGGUAAAUUUUCGGUUUAUCGCCCAGUCCUAGUUGGAGUUCUCAAUGGUUCACCAGUGAAAACCUGUUUAGGUCUGGAUUAUAGAAACUAAAUCAUUUUUCCAGUAAUACUGAUUAUUUUUAAAACAGCAUUUUGCACACUUAAUGAAUAACAAGGUUGUUUUUUUUCUUCCUAAUGAAGCUCAGUUAAAUUUACAAAAGCAUUUCUAAAUAUAUUUAAAAGAAUACUUUCCCAGCACCUCGAGCUAACUCACUUCAGUCCAACCUCUGUUGAGUAUUUUCAACUUUUGCAGGAACAAAAAAACUCCUUGCAGCAUAUUGGAAAACCUUUAACAGGGACAAUUGUUUACGAUACCAUAUUUACAGUUAAGCCAAACAUGCAGGAUUAACAGGUGUGCAACAGACAGCAUGAUUCUGAGUCUUUUGACCAGACAUGCAGCUAAGACUGAGACAACUUUAGAUUCUGUUCUGAUCUAAAGAAAUAUCUCAAUAAACUUUCAUCUUCCUUUCAGUAUUUGCAAUAUUUUGCAGAGCAUGCAUCAUCCUAUUGGACGUGUAUUUCAGGAGUCACAUGUAGUUUAAUGAUGAAAGGAAGAAGCAUCCUUGAUUUCUCCAUGAAACAGUUAUUGUAACCCACACAGAGACGUUCCAAGACUGUAUUGUAUGUGAAUAAUACAGAGAAUAUGUUCCAAGGUGAGCGUCUCAGACUUCACUCAUGUCGGAAAACUUGUGUACCGAACAUCGAAGUCGGAGAGCGAGUUAAAAGUGUGAGUGUGAGAGAUUCUUUCUUAGACAGCCGAUCAAACUGAACUCAAAAACCGUCUCAUCUUCUGGAGCGUCGAAGGGUUUUCAUUCUUGAUGCUGUCUGAUCUUCCACAAACACUUUCUCUCUCAGUUUCAUUUUUCUGUUUUUGUGUUGGAGUUUUGUUUCCAUGACUCAGCGUUGGGCAGACACUGAGUGCCAUGUGUGCAGGUGGCCGGCAGCAUGAAUCCUCCUCUCCCUCGCUUUGUGGCAUCUGUUGCUUUUGUCAACAAGACUCCACUAAUCUGUUAUUUUAUGCUCUCCAAAUUGCUAUCUAAUUGCGGUUAUGCGACCAUUUCAUGAGCUGCUCUCAGUCCAGUUUUCUGAGUUGUGUAUUUUUUCCCUUUUCAGAACGUUGCGUAGCUUCGUGUUCUCGUUCUGUACCUUAUCGUAAAACCCACGGUGACACCGUGUCCAAAACCAUUCAGCGCAAAGACGGCCAAGGUUGCGUGGUUCACACACACACACACUGUCUCACUGUGCACACACAGACAAGCGUCACUUUCGGAUGCCUCUCAUUGACUUCCUCUAUUCUCUGGAAGAGCACCCUUUUCAUGUGUGUGACGACUAUUGUUGGCGCAGAGGUCAUGGACACCGCUCCGUCGUAAAAUAUCACUGGCCGGCACCCAAGAAGGUCAUGUGACUGAGUGUAUGAGUGUGUGGGUGUGUGUGUGUGUGUGUGUGUGUGUGGGUGUGUGUGUGGUUUAGAGGGGGCUGUAAAAUCUUUCUGCAGCUGUCUGACUACUGUACAUACAGUUCUUGGAUUUACGCCUCCCAUAUUUCACCUUACAGCGAGUCUCCCCGUGAUAAAUGGAGAUCCUUUCAUUUAAUAACACUUCUCCAGAUUAUCUGCGGAGGCCCUGGGAAUGAAACUAGCACAGAGUGGCCUGUAAAAGUCUGUGUAACACCUCUGAGCAAGCAAAUGAGGUGGAUGAAGUGUGAACCUUGUCUCUACUACUCGUGGUGCUGCAGUGCUGCUGAAGGGGAGGGAGAUUGUUUUUAGUGUUGCAAACAGUUCCUCACACAGUUUUCUGAUGAAGAAAGCGAGUGAGGAUGCAGGAGUAAUAAUCAGGAAGUAGUCCUUCUAUUCACACGUGCAAAAAGCUCCUGAAAAGUUUCUGAUUUUUUUCAAGUGGGCUGCAAAAAGCCGAAGAUUUCAGCUCAGAAAUCAGCUCAUGCUUCAACCCGUUUCUUCCUCUUUCCUCUUCCUCACACCAUUAAUUCGGCUCUUUGCUGGGUAAAUGGCUUCCUCGCUCUUAUUUCUUCCACCGCUGCUGGUUUUAUGUCGGAUUCUGGGUUUGAAUUUCCAAGAACCGGAGCUGUUUCCUGACACAUGAGCGAAUCUAACCCUUUAUGUUUUCCAUAUAAGCCAACCUUGAGUGGUUUUAAUGGCAUGAUUAACAGUGGGCUCUCUAACAAGCUGACUAUGAGGUUGAUAUUGCACGCAAAACCCAAGAUAACACGUGUGGUCAUUACUUCUCCUCUCGUUCCUUCUCCCUUUUCAUGCGAGUUUCUCCGCUCUCUCUCUCGCUUUCUCUUUCAAACUCAGCCUAUGCAUAAUAAAUGAUAUGGCUUUCCCCAAAGAACCUGAAAUUCAAGUUGGGGCCCAAAAUUUUUAGAGUGCAGCAGAAAGGAAAAUAAGGCUUAUGUGACAUGGAGGAAAUUGGGUUUUUCAACCGACUGGACCGGGCCGAGGAAAGAGUCACUUUCUUUUUAAUGAGGGCAGACUUUCUUUGAAACGCUCAAGGUGAGGAAGUGAUUCUGAAUAAGUGCAGCAGCUCACAAAACCAGGGGUUGACGUCAUGAUAGCCGGGUCUACUUAUGUUAUACAGUCUGUGGUGCCAAUGCAUGCAAAUUAUAUUUCAUGCAAAUCUCAGAUCAUAAAUCAGCGUUGCAGCCGAAGUAAAUCACACACCAGCAUCCAGCAGCGGGCUUGGCUUCCCCAUUCAGGCGCUGAUUGAUGUCUCCAUGCUCCGGCUUUUUCCUCUCUUUGAUUUAAGCUUUUGCGGAGCUGCAGAGUCUGAGAACAGCUGUUCUUAAUUUAAUUGGACUGUUUCAUAUGUGAGCUGAUUCGCAGAAUAUUUACCUUGUUACAGUCACCUGAACGUCGCAGCUGGUGUCGAACAGUAUGAAUGAAGUGUUUUGAUUCGGCAUCAUAAUUUGAGUAGAAACCAAAUUCAUUUGGCUGCUUUCAGUCGAUAAAAUGAAUCUAAAUGUUUGAUUAUAUUUCUGGUUGUCUCUUUUUUUCCACACUGAUUAACCUCUGAAUCUGUUUUAGUGGCGUUUGGAUCAUACACCACUUAAUUAAUCCAGUAUUACAGGUUGUGGACAUUAGACCAAAGAUUGAAAGCACUAUACUGGCUUUUACGGCACAGCAGGUCAUCAUCAGUAUGCUAACAAGCUCACUGUGGUGUUUCUGAUGUCAAGUGAGAUGAUGAUGGUCGCAGAUGUGGUUACACAGAGUAGAAGAGGGUCUUUUACACCAUAACGGCAACUCUGUUUUGCAUAACCACCCACUCACUGUACAUUUUCCACUUAUUUCCCCUGAUUACAAAUUACAGACCAUUAAUCUUCACAUAGUCAGUCACAAUCAAGACUUAAAGGGAUAUUUCGACGUAAAAUUAAGUUAGGGUCAAACACACCGACUUAGACACCCCCUCCAGAGAUGAAUGUUGCCGACCGCUUGCUUCUCUAGUUUUAUCAACUUCAGUAACAACCGCAUGAUAGCAAUACACAGCGGUCUGAGGAGCCGUAAACAAACCUCAACCAAAACGCCACUCUAUAGCCACAAAUAAUGCUCAGAACAGCACCUAACUUCAGCAACAGGACAUACAGGGACAAAACACAAGUAGCCUACUCUCUUCCAGCACCUGCUUGUUCGUAGCAAGACCUCAGGCCAGUCCAUUACGGAUUACAGCGGUGUUAGGUGUGACCCUAAAUUAAUUUUACGCCGGAAUAUCCCUUUAAUAUUCAUGUUUUUUUCUGUUUUGGCAUUCUCAAUAGAUGCAGAAAAUAUCAGCAACAUGUGUGUCAUUUCUUUUGGGCGUUUUCGUCUCACUCAGUCAGACCUGUAACGCUGCGAAAGCCCAAACUGUGAUGCACAUUGUUGUUGCUCUGUGCUUGUUUUCUUCACUUUGGUAGAUGUCCCUUCGUCUCAUCCUAACCUAGUGCCAUUUCAGUCAUACAAACAUGUUUAAAUGUAUUUUUAAUAGUCAAGUAGAUGUGUUGAGUUUCUGUACCGACAUUUCCCGCUGCACCCCACAGAUGCUGAGAUAUGUCACUUAUUAAGUAGGUCUGUGCUGAAUACAGAUGGGCUUAUAUAUUGGUAAUCAAACGAACGAUUGGAGAUAUUCCCUUUCCUCAUAUUCAGGUGAUUUUACCUUAAUAACUUCUCAUAUAAAGAUGUUAAAUGAUCCAAAUCGAGCUGCAGAGAGUUUCACAUAUUUCUAUUAAAUAGCUGUUCCACUAUUAUGAACUAUAAGGUAAAUAACAGUCCUGAUUAUCCAUUAACAAAGAGCUUGUUUACUCUUAUAGCGUCAUCUGUCCUCUUUCUUUGUAUGCAUAUGAAUGCAUGAACAUGUGUAGGCCUGUCGCGAUAAUCAAUAAAUCGCCUUAUCGCUCGGUAAAUAAAAACGAGGUCGGUCAUUUUGCCAGCGUCGAUAGUUAACAUGCGUUUGUUUUCCUCCUCUCUCGCUACCAAACACGCUGGAUGAGAGAAGAGGUCUCACUCUGCGCAUUGUUCUCGGCACCUGGGGGCGUUGGCUCUAUAGCGGAAUGAACGCAGUUAGUGAACCCUACUGUCAGUCAUUCAGUGUCUUUGUCAGGAGGGGGCUGGCGCGCACAGGCACACAGACACAGACUUUUGGAUACAGUGCUGCAAGUGAGCGUCGUGAGUGAAAAGCAAGCAAACAGAAUGAACACGACAGCUUUAGUGUCUAAACCGAACGCAACAGCCCAAGUGUGGGAAUAUUUCGGCCUUAAACCAGUUUUGUUUUCGUCAACCACGAAACUCCACGUGUGUGCGCGCGCGUGUGUGUCUGUGUGUUGGAGGAGCACAGCAGGCUGAUGAGAGCUGUCAGAGCGAACUGAAGCUGCUCCUAUAUGUUUAGCGUUUAACUGACUGAGUUUUGCAACUGUCAUUUUCGUCUCGUCCCAUCAACGUAAACGCACUUUUGUCUCGUCACAUUUUAGUCAUCUCCGACUUAUGUUUAGCUCGUCAACGUUACGUCUUCGUCGUGGAAGAAGGGGAAAUAUUUUAGUCAACGAAAACAACCAGUGUUGUAAGCAAAGCAAAUAUAAACGAAACAGCGCAAAAUUGUGCGCGCUGACGGACAGUGGAAAUUAAAGUUUAUUGCUUUUGACACGGUGUACUCGCAUUAUUAUGCCAUAUAAUAUCAUUAUCUAUAAUUUAAAAAACGGUGUCAAUAAUAUCGUUUAUCGGCGAUAAUUUGUAGCACAAUUAUCGUCCAGCAAAAUUUGUUAUCGUGACAGGCCUAAACAUGUGCAACCUUCCCUGCAGGGAGAGAGAGUACAACAAGAGCAGGUGUGAAAGCAAAUCACCAGAACUGAGUUUAAUUGCACACAAACACAGAAAUAAAUACACACUCUUAUACAAUAUUUUCCUGUCUGGUUGUGUUGGCAGUGAGAGUGAAGCAACAGGAUGGUGUUGUGGUGUUACUGCCAGCCUAGGUCUGGUGUGUUAUUGUCAGUGUAGGGGUAUGAGACAGGGCUUUGUGUGUCUUUAUGAGAAAUGAGAUGUGUUUUUUUUUUUCUGUCACUGCAGCAUCAGGAGAAAAACCGACAUAAUGAUGUUCUGAAACCUGCACAUGGAGACGAGAGAGAGAGAGAGAGAGAGAGAGAGAGAGAGGCGAGGAUAAUGAGACAGUGAGAAGAGGGAAGGGGUUGGUGAAGACGAGCACUAGGCUGUCAGCAGGAAAAAAAGGCUGGAAGAGAAAGUGACACGGAUCAAAUAAAUGGCACAAGGAGCAGGAAGGAGGGCAAAAAAAGACAGCAGUCUUCAAUCAAGUCCUCUUAUGUAAUGCCUCAGCAGCCUGUCAUCUUUCCCGGCACCUUUCUCCCCCAGAUCCUCCUCCUUUUUGCUCCCUCAUAAUCUCUGCCCCUCUAUGAUCAUCCACCACAUUACGCUUCCUUUUGCUCCCCGUCUUAUCCUCCUUUUUCUCUCUCUCUCUGGUUUCAAGUGCGCAUACAAACACGUCUCGACAGUCGGCCACCCAGGGAGUAAAGAAGAUGCAGAGUGAAGCGAGCCGUAGUGACUGAUCCUAGUGUUAUGCAAUCUCUAGUUCGUUGACCUCAGACGCUGCAGAGAAGCGGGAUGAGAAGACUGCUGGAGAGCAGGAGAAGGAUAGAGGGGAUGAUCUCUCCCACCUGCAGUGCUCAGCAGUAAUAAGUUACAACACUCUGCAUGUCUUUGACAUAGUUUAUGUAAUGUGGCUUACUGGCUCUCUAUAUUUAAUAUUAUUUACAAAUCCCUUUACUACCUCCAAAGUGCACAGAUAUUCAAUCCUUUCUGAUAUAUUCAAAUUGGACCAAUCUGAUAUUUUGGAGUGUAGGUGCAGAUUAAGCUUUGAUAAAGCAAUAUACUAUACAGUAAGACAGUAUGAUUCAAUAGCGUACAAAGUGAUGCAGUAUAACGUGAUACAAUAUGACCAUAGACUGUAUAUAGAAAGGACGCUGUCUGCCUCCUCGCUGGGUGAAGCCACUCUGAGAACAGCACCCUCUGGUGAUGGGCUGCAGUAUAGGUCAUAAAUCCCGCCUCCUCCAGCAAUCCCUAUGGAGCUGUGGACAAACUUUAGAAAUUUAUCACCCAGAAUAUAAAUGUUUCUCCCUCUUGUUUGCGAUGUUGACAUGUAGUUACUGUCAGACUGGUUUGUGCUCAAGUCCUCUUUUUUCUGUGCAGCUCCAUUAUUAUUAGGGGGUUCAUGAUUUCUAUGAUUGACACUUGAUACAGCCUAUGGGCGUACAUAGAUUGCUCUAAAAGUCGCUGUUUAAGCAGAGCAUCGUCACAGCGACUCUCCCGCCAAAUGCGUACAAUACUCCUGCGCAAGUGGUGGUUUUAGGAAGUGGAGAAACUCCCGGAAAUGUAAUGUAAUACCACACAACAAGAUACAGUUUGAUAGGCUACAAUAAAAAACAAUGAAAUGCAAUACAACACAAUAUACAAAUUAAUCACAAUGCAAUUCAAAAGAUAUGUUUCAAUACUAUAUGUGGUGCAGUGUAACAAUAACAUUAUCCAAUAGGAUAUGACAUAAUACAAUAUUAUAUGAAACCUUACUGUAAGAUAUGAUAUGGUAUGUGAUGCUAAACCCAUGAUAGUGAUUACAUUAUGAUAUACCCCUGUAAAAGUAAGUACAGGUCUUUUUCAGUCAGCUCCCUCUCCAUUAUCACCCUCAGUGAAACUUCUGCCAAAGCUGCAUCAGUGUAAACCUUUUCCACUGUGAUAGUUUGAAGCACUCAGGAAUAUAUUUUCUUCCCUCCUUCUUUCUUCAUUGUUGGAUUUGAAAGUGACGUGCAGAGAGCCUUGAUAGAAAAUACCUUCCAGUCCAGGUUUAACUGAUGGAUCUAGCAAACACGACUCUGAAUGCCAGAGGUUUCUCUGAGCCUCUGUGGAGGAAUCUGAACCAUCUUUUAUCCCUGAGCAAAGCAGCUCCAGCUCUGGGUUAUCUUGUUCCAGGCCUGCCUCGCUCCAUUGCUCUGAGAUGCUGCUCUAUCAGGGGGCCAUGAAAUUAGGAAAGGCUGCAGUCUACUAGUGUGGCACACAGCUUACACCAGUGUUGUGCAACCAUAAGAUAUUGCCCCCAUAAGCCAGCUGUCAUCCUCGGCUCCCUCCCACAGAGCUUGUGUGAACAGCGCCGCUCCGGCACAUGAAUUUAUCAAACCAUUACAGGGAGCUAACACCCACCUUCACAUUGUGCUGAUUCAGCAAAAGGAGCAAAAAGCAGUCAUUCAUGUUCACUCAGCAGGCCUGCGUUUGUGCUGAAGCAGCACUGUGCGGUGUGUCCUUGUGGAAGAAAGUCACCGUUUUUCGAGCUGAAACUGGAAGCGUUUCUGCAAACCGAGGCAGGUUAAGGUGACAAUCGGCGCCUGUUUGGAAGAAAGCGGCGCUGAAAGGUGUAGUCGUGAAGGUUAGGAGAGAGGAGGGGAUGUUCCUGGAAAGCGUGGUAACAUACAAAAACGUGUGUGUGAGCUUCUGUGAUUCACUCCCUUCCCUGAUUGAAUCCACCUGGUGGUCUUAACGAGGUGUUGGCUAGUAAUUAAAAUACACUUUAAAGACAUCAAAGCUGACCUCUUCACAUCCUCAUUAUCUUUGAUUAGAAUUUCAUUGAUCAGAAAUGACCUCCAGGAAACAGAUCGGACUAUUAUUCCUGAGAAGGACAUUUUCUUCCUCAUUUUUUUAAAUCUUUUGUCAAACAUGCAAACAGCGAAGGUCAGCGCUGCAGCGAUGAUGUUUGAGGACAGCCUCUACAGCUCUCUGCUGCAGACGCUUUCAGAACUUCUGUUUCCUCUGAGCCAAAACUGACGGGAAAUCAUAAGGCAGAAAGACUACCAUGUCUGCAGUGCAAAAUUAUUUAUAUGGUGAUUAUUACUUCAAGAAAUGAUAAAGAAAUGAUCAUAAAUGUUCUUCCUUGAGCUGAGUCACCCCGCUGCAGUCAAUGGAGUCACCUGGAGGUCUCUGUACAAACAAGCGGCUGCUGGAAGAGAGUAGGUGAGUUGUGUUUAGUCUCUUUGCCAAAGAAAUUAGUCAAAGUUAAAAAGAUGUUUGGUGUCUAGUACUAUGUCUGUGACCCUAUAUGUCCUGUUGAUGAAGUUAGGUGCUGUUCUGAGCAUUAUUUGUGGCUAUAGAGAGCCGUUUUGGUGGAGCGCGUGGCUCUCUGUAUUGCUAUCGUGUGGUCGUUAUUAAAGCUGGUAUAACUAGAGAAGCAAGCGGUCGUCAACAUUCAUCUCUCAACAGGGUGUCUAACUCGGUGCUACGGUGUGUAUAACCCUAACUUAAUUUUACGCCAGAUUAUCCCUUUAAUUCUGCUUUUUGUACCGAUCGUGCACAACCAGUUCAUUAGUUGAAGGAUUGUGUAAAGUGUGCAGGUUGUUAUGCAACUAGGAUCUUGCCACUGUGAGCAGAGUGAAGGACACAAACACAGGUGACAGAUGGCGUCUUGUUGCACCGGGUGACGUCCGCUCACAGACUCUGUGAUCCCGUGGUUAUCCAUGUUGGUAAAGUUGCCCCCAUUUUCAGAGACAUUGCAGCCACUGAGUCCACAAGUGUUGAAAUGGAUUUUAUUGCCUUUUUUUUUUCUUGAAGUAGAGCUUAAUUUUUUUCAUCUUAAGUAUCUUUAUACUUGUAGACAGCACUUGACACUGAGCUGAAAAUCAUUUGAUGCCGAUCUCAGUCUGUUCUCGGCUUCUGUGCUUCAACUGUCCCUGCAGCCUUUCCUUCAUCUCUCUGAUAUCUGGUCUCAAAUGAAGUGGGUUCAGCGGGUCAGGCAGACAGCUCCCCAGGACUUUUUCUUCUGUGCACUUCACAAAACGCCCGAUACUGCUUUUUCAUGACUUUGUCUGACUGUUAUUGUCCAGUCCAAUACUCUUCACAAUGCUCUUUUGAGUUUGCUCAUUCACUCAUAGUAAAGUCCCCCCUACAGGACAAGAGUGAGUCUCAGGAGGCAGGGUUUGAUCGUCCUGCAACUGGUGCAAAUCCUCUUCUGGGUUUGCACAGACAUCAUAGACCCAGCCAGAAAGUUCCAGCUGGUUUCUCACGAGGGCUGGGCGAUAUGUCCUCAAAUCAAUAUCACAAUAUAUUGAGCAGUUCACCUCGAUAACUACUCCAUAAACUGCUCACCCCCUCCCACAUUAACUUCAUCUACUUCAGCCGCUACAACUUUUGAACUGUCCUCCAUCUCCUCACCCGUCUGUCCCUCUUUGUUACGGACUGGACUACAGAGUGGAGUCACAUCUCUGGCGUAGGACAGCGUCUUAAAGGGGCAUGAGACCAAAUUAUUAUUUAUUAGAUUUUUUGACACCAAACUAGGGCUUGACAAUAAAACGAUAUAUUUGAAAAUUAAUUUCCCUCAAUAUCAAUAUGAAACAUGGUCAGUAUGCUUUUGGUAGGGCUGGGCGAUAUGGGAAAUUUUUAUCACGGUAUAUUUCUUUCAUAUCAGUUCAUAUCUAUAUAUAUUAUGAUAUAAAAAAUAAAAUUUAACAGCAUUUCUAUUUGUAGACAUGCUACCAAUAAGCACUGUUAAAUUUGAUUUAAGAGUAAAAGGGAACAUUGUGAUUUUUUUAUACUGUGAUAUAAAUCGAUAUCGACUGAUAUGAAAAAAAUAUGUCGAGAUAAACUUUUUCCUGUGUUUCCCAGCCCUACCCUAAAUAUACCGACAUAGGCAAAAUUACAUUGGUUAUUGUCCGAAAUUUCGGUAUUGCUAAAUUUUCGGUUUAUCGCCCAGCCCUAUUUCUCAGAGUUUGCACAUAUGAAUAGAGGUGAGUUUUCUGUAUAUUCCAGUAACUCAUCUUUACUCCUCAACACUGAUGCACACAUGAGUCACUUUUCAACCAUGUAUUUUUUAUCGACCAUCUCUCCUUCUCUGCAACUUUCUUUUAUCAUUUUCGCAAAUGCAGAAGUCACGAUAAUGCUCCCCUCCUAGGUUACAAUACACCGCUGUCUUUAGCUUAUGCAUCCAUGCUGUUCGCACAUUUCUGUGAAGCACAGGUCUUGUGUAAGACUCCCACACCUGUGACAGAGCUCUGCCCGAGGCUCCUUGUCGUUCACCAGCCCGUACGACCACAGAGGCCUCCUGGCUGUGUUUCUAAUGGAGUUCUGUGAUGUAUGAUGUUCUGGGGGGUUCAUGUUUAUCACAGUGCUGUUGGUUUCAUCAGGUCUGAGAGAUGAAGGGAGUAAAUAGAGGGUUUCUCGCUCACUCCGCCCGAAGGCACGGUGCGAUGCCGCAGAACGAGGUUUUUGUUUUCGCUUCCAAGUCCGUUUGUUGCAGAUGAAUUUGCAGCUGCAGGUCCAAGUGUAUGUUCUACAUCAUCUCAAGAUUAGCGACACAGUAAGAAAGGAAACUAAAUCAAAUACACACUUCCAUCACUCUCACUGAAGACACUGAGACAACAGACAUGAAACAUGAUGAUGAAAGAAGAAUAAAGUGAGCUCAUAACCGCCUCAAAAAUGUGAGACUUUGUUUUUCCCCUUGUGUGCUGAGUCACAUUAAGGAUGAUCUGCCUGCACAGAUAGACACAGAUAUCACUCACACCCACACACAAAUACACACACAACCCCUACAAUAGACACCAAAACAAAAACAGCUACUUAUCUCAACAGGAGCUCAGUCAUUCAUCCAAGAAUGCACAGCGCUCGGAGCAACAAUUACUCUGUCUGUGGCUGAAUUUUAAUUACAUGUUAGAACUGUGCCCCAGAAUCGUCUCAUGAAGUGUGUGUGUGUCUGUGUGUGUGUGUGUGCUGAUAGUAUUUCUUAUCUUACACUCACACUUACACACUCCUUGGCUGCGGCACAAUGAGCACAGCUCCGCACCACCUGCUGGUGUGUGAGAACAGAGAGAAGAAAGAGACACGGAGUCUGAUCACAGGACAGACUUCAUGCUUUCAUAUUGGAAGUAUUACAUCAGUGUGUGUUUCGUGGAGACUUUGCAACUUCUCCUUUUGGUGUCACUUUGUAUUUAUUGGCCAAAUGUGGAAAAAUUAGGGCGCUAAAAUAUCUAUUUGAUCUUGGAUUAUGUGCAGAACUUCCUCUUAGCUUGGUGUUGUAUCAGUGUGUCUUUCUUUCCAAUUAUGCAGCAGAUCAACCAAAUCAGAUGUGCGAAGAGAGCAUCUGAAGCUUGACACCAUUAUGUCUGUUUCAAGUCUUUUUCAUGUGCCAAAUUAACCAUCUGGCUGCACAAGGAUAUAAAAGUAGUCUCCAUCUUUUUCUCAUCCUCCACUAAAAACCAUUUAACAUUUAACCCACACUGUCGUCAAUUUUGUUGAUUUUCAUCUGUGGGGUAAAAGCGAGCCUCCUGCUUGUAUAUCAAUGUGAAAUGUGGUACAAAAGCUCUUUGGGUGGUCAGGAAACAGAGAAACGGCUUUGUAAAUACAGAACAUUUUACAUUUUACCAUUUACUUAUACAUGGUUUAUCGCACGAGCCACGCUGCUGCUGAUUUGCUAAAGGUGUUUCAAAGUAUAAAUGCUAUUAAAGGAACUUUUUAUGAAGUUCAUGGGUUAGUUUCAGUCUGGACCACUUUAGUCAAAGAGAAGUUUUACUUUAUGCAGGUUCCUACACAGUUGGAAUUUCCAUUCUUUUCCAUGCCCUACUUUUUAGAAUGAUUUUUGGAAAUACCUACUUUUAUAUUAUAGAAAACAGUACUUUUGAAUUGUGGUAAUAGUCUGAAAACAUAAAUACUUUUCCACACUUUAUUUUUUAUUUUUUAUACUUUUUAAGAUCUGGAAAUUGAUCAAACUACUUCCAUGCUUUCUGUACUUGAGUAGGAACCCUGUUUAUGUGUUGCUCCCUACCCGGAGGUGGUACCGGGUACUUUUUUCAUACUUACUCAUUCAGGGUUCAAAUCUAGUUGAAAAUGUGACACCAUCAGAUCUCAGGCCUCUGAUUGGCCAGAAAAUGAAAUCACUGGGUGAGUCGUUAGAGACAUUUUUAAAACCUGAUAAUAGCAACCGUGCAUAUGGUUUGUUUGUUUGUUUGUGUUGCGUACACAGGAGUUUCAGGCUGCUUUGUCAUGACAACCAAUGUGAGUGGAGUCGAGUCAAGUAGAGUCAAGUCGCGCUACUUUCACAUGCCAAGGCAGGGAGAGCAGCAGCAAAGGAAUUAGUCAGUGCGUUUACAUCCACAGCUUAAUCGGACUAAGCUCAUAAUUCCGUUUUAUAAUUCUCUCCUUGUCUGCGUAUACAUGCAGCUGAGAAAAUCGAACUAUUGACGUAAGCGUGUCCUCCUCCCGGAAACUCCUCCGCCACUCCUCUUCUCUGAUGUUUUUGUUACGGGGGCGCACAUGCAUUGUCCGAUCAUACUCCGACUACGCUGGUUACAUGGUAAAGAAAAUCAAAUUCCAAUGGCAUUAUCGGGGUGUCUUAAUCAGAGUUCUCCGACUCUGAUUAUAGUCAGACUAAGGUGUUUACAUGCACUUCUGUUGUCCGGUCUUAAUCGGAAUAAGGCAAUAAAUCGUUUUUCUCGAGUGUAAUACAAACUUAGUGAGCGACUGAUGAAUCAGCAUGAAUUGAAGGAGAAGGGGAAGCCAGACUGCAGCAGUUUAAAUAGGACAUCUAAUUAGACCAUUUGCCAAGUAGAGGGUAAUUGGUUUGCUGUGCUCAAUUUCCAAGUUUGGUGCUCUGGCAGUAAAGUGAAAAUUUGAUUUUCAUAAAAGGACUGAAAGUAUCGAGUUGUCUUUGGUUGUUUUAUGUUUCCUGGGUCAGUCUGCCUCUUAAAACACCUCUGAUAACAUAAGAGCUCAACGAUUGUAAUGACUCUCUGCUAGUAGACAAUUUUGGGUUACUCACUGAAUUGUCUAAAAAGCCAUGAGCCAGUUUCAAAGGAGGUUCAAAAUAGUCUGAAAACCCGAAGCACGGAAAAGGAUAAAAGCAUGACAGCUGUGGAUCGACAGCAGCCAUGGAGAUCCAGCCACGUCCACUCUACUCCGAGCUGGAGCCACUUCUGCCUCGUGGUCAUUAAAGCAGGACUCACAAAGACGAUAAUGAAAACAGUCCCGCAUUCAUCAAACUGAGCUCUCAGGUAGACGGCGGACCGGCUGAGCACAAAGGCGGGGAGGAAGAGCGCCACAACAGCUGGCGUGUUUACACAAUGUGUGUGAACUCUGAGUGAGCCGAGGGUCAGUGGAAGGAUGAGGCUUAAUGUUGGUACAUUAAUGCUGUCGGCCAUCAGCGCGAUCAGAGGGACGCUCACCGGUCCCUCGAGUGGGUACUCUGCCACGACGCUUUUCAUCCAACCGAGAGAUUUAUGUAUGCCGUUCAGCUGCCUCAUCUCUGCAAACACACGGAUAUCUGUGUGUGUGUGUGUGUGUGUCCAAUCACUGCGUACACCUCCUUUUUCUUUGUCUUUGAAUGUCAUGAUCUCCAUGAAUCUGAAUCACUCUGUGCAAAUAGCUCCUGUCCAGAGCUGUAAUUAAUUACAAAGGGAAAACAAAUAAUAUCAAUUUGUUUGCUAUGCUAAUGUCCUCGACUGCUAUCUGGCUCUGAUUCGACCCUCUGGAUUUGCCAGAAACUGAAGGUCAAUCAAUCGGGAGGGGAGAACGAGGAUAUUUCAAGGUAAAGCAACAAGUUUGGAAAAUUAGGGCCUAUGUCCACUAACAAGAACUAAUGUAGUUCCACCUUUAAGACAAGGCGGGACUUCUGAUAGGAACUUUCUGGCGCGGGUACAAAAUGUUUUCUAUCAGCUACAUUUUCGGAGUAAAAUCCCAUUAAAUAAACUCAUAUAGUUAGCAUACAGAGCUAUUUAAAACACACUCAAAGGUCAUCACCAAGGGGAGAAUAAGUACAUGUGGAACAAUACAGUAACCUAGCAACAGCACACGACGGUGAGAGGUGCUCUGAUAUUGAGGUUGUGAACGCCGCCGGUACUGGAAGUGUUCUGAAGGGGCUAAUUUCCUAAUUGUUUGAAGGUAGAGUGUGCAGAAAUAAAAUAUCUAUUGAUCAGAUAGGCUGAAAUGCUCCCUUGCUCACCCCUUGUAUUGGUGACAGGAGUCUUUAAACCCUCAAAAACUAUCUGUACAAAAAUCAUUAUUUUACUUCAUCUUUGUUGUCCAACUCAUGAAUUUUGCACAACACACACUUUCACUUCAUUAUAAACAGCUCAAAUCAAUGUGAAACAAAGUUUGGAUGCACGAGGGAGUAGUGGCUCCUAAACUAUCAGGCAGCAGCAGGUAAGGAGAGCAGGGAGAGGAGUCUACUUCGGUCUACUGCAGUUUUAACUGUCUGAAAACAAUGUUACUUGACGCCAUAGCAAACCGAUACAAGCCGAGAACUGGUUGCAAGUUGUUCCUGAUACAAUUGCAAUAGAAUGUCAUUGAAAAAUCACUUUGUCUUUCAUUGCAUCAAAAUCAGAAAAACACUUGCUGAAAUAUCCAUAAAUUUCACUCAAUUUACCAGGUUGUGACGUUGUUUUAGAUGUUUAUAAUAUCAGGAGCAGGGUUGUGAUGUUUGCCGAUUGUUUGUUUUGAUGAUUCAUGCAGUUUACAGCACAACAGCUCCUUGUCAGUUUCUUUCUCCGUCGACUCCGCAAGUAAACAAAUAAGAAAUGUCCCGCUUUCUGCACCAAGGCUGCGCACACAUACCUGCGCUGACUUUGCACAGAAACCUGUCUAUAUGUAAAGGCAGGAACUGAAUUCUGGAAUAAAUAAAGAAAUCAGAACUGAACAUUGAUGUUUGAAUCCUUGUGUCACAUCAGUACUUAAGUCACAUGUGCCUCCCCACCCUUGAAAUCAAAAUUUCGCCCAUGCAGGUGUGUGUCUGAAAAGCCAAGGGACAGAUAAGAGAGAGGCUGUAGUGUCUUUUUAGUGUGCAACACUGACACUUUAAUUCAAUGUAUGAUGUUUACAAUUAUCACCCGAGAGAAAAACGAGCCGUGAAAAAGAGAAAAUUUAAUCUGUAAUCCUUGAAAAUUUCCACAUUAUCUCCAGUUUGGACCUGCUGCUGUGCGCUCUCUGUUAUUGUUCCUCUGAUGUGCUUGUUUGUCACUACAUGUUGGUUCCUCUUGGAUUAUUCCUGGUGAUGACUGUGUCAUGGCAGCGGAAAAUUAUUCAAGACUCCAGCAGCUGCUCGGUCAGAAACACUCCGCCAUCAACAUUCCUGCUGGGAAUUCUCGGUCUGAGCGCCUUUCUCUGACCACGGAAAAACCUGCCAUUGUGAUAUAAGAUGUCGCACUCUUGUGCUUUUUUGCCGUGACACCCUCACACUCCUCCUCUUCAUUCUUUCCUUUUUCGUAGGCGGGGUAACGAGAGUAACCAUAACUCUCAGGCAGGGCUUUUUCCGUUAGCUUAACACAGCUAUCCUUGGCGGUGUGUGUUUGUGUGUUGCAUUUGAGUCCGGUGUGAACACUCGGCAUUCCUGCACGGUGGUAAAAGUCACCAUCGGGGCGGGAUCGAUUUCCCCCCUGCCCCGCAAAUAGGACAACGAGCAGCUCGAACCCUCGGUCCUGGAGCGAAUGUAGUUUUCCAAAUGUAUGGAAAAUAGUUUCCAUGUGACGCCCCUCAGUCCAGUCCAGUCCAGCCCGUCACAGAGACCCAGAGUGACAUUGUCAUUUGGCCAAGUGGGUCAGUCAGCGAUGAGUGAAGGAUGUGUGUGUUGACGGAUGGGUCAGAGGGGUCGUGGGAUAAAGUCACCUCGCUCGCUCCUGCUCCUGCCGCCGUUACUAUUGUUGUGCUGCGCUGGUCCCGCUCUGAUAUGAGGCACCGUGCCGCAGACAGACUCUAAGCCCCCCUGGCUUUCCUUCGCUAUGAGGACUUUCCCCAGGUGUCAAGUCUGUGCAGUGAGAGCUGUGAGUGACCCGGGUAUUUUCCUCUCUGUGUUUAUUUUUACCUCUGCUGUUAUUCCAGCUCACGGUUAGAUCAGUCGGCAGACACAUUGUCAGGGUUUGAAGCAGAAGUGGAUGGAAAUAAACACACAAGACUCUGUUGUGGAGAGACUUUCUCUCUGCACAGAAGGGUGGACACUUCUUCUGGUGACUCUUUUGACAGUAAUUAACUUUUUGACACUUCUUGUGUCCAAAUUUCGGGGCCACAUUCUCGGGCACGGAUGGCCAAGUACUCUAAGUGCGGCCUAUGUACAAGGGAUGUGGUCCUCGUCGCAGCGGUUGCUGUUCUGACCCUCGAUGGUGACCCUUUGACUGCACGUGUUCCCUCACUCUCUUCUUGUCCUGUUCAACACUUAGAACUCUGCUGGAUCGCCGGCAAUCCCACGUGACACCAUUAGUUUCUCAGGAACUAUUCCGCGUAUCUCUAUGGGAAAAAAAGUGUUGAAAAGUUUACCCUUUUGGCGAUCUAUCAAGGGUUUACAGACAUUUCUACACCUGCCACAAGGUUUACAAUCCAGCCACAAAUAUAGGUGUUUGAUCAGAGAUGUUUGAUGGUAAUAAACCGGUGAAAACAUGAAUAUUUAUCAUUUUGUUAUAACAAAAAAAGAUCGCUAUCGCUAAAUGUCUUCCAGGUUUGACAAUCUCUUUUGAUGACGUCUUUUUCUGUCAAACUUUGGACCAAUUACAUCGUCUCAUCUUCUUCUUCUUCUAUCGUUCCCUUGACGGUAGUGGCCAAUAAGAGACAACCAAAGAUCAACAAGAGACAAGAAAGUUCCCUGCUUGUCUGCAAAAUAAGAAACAAUGUUUGGAAACAAGCAACGAAGAGAUUCUGAGCAGUAUGAUGUGGUCCUCUGUCUCAUUCAAGGAGUGGCAGAAACAACUGUAAAUAGUAAAAAAACACCUGGAAGAAUGAGUGUAAAUAUGUCAAUAGUUUCAGUUGUGUGUUUGUUCCAAUCCCAAUAUUUCUUCUCCUGAUAGCCAAGACUUGAGAGAAUGAUGUUCAGGUGAGAAAAGGCUUGGUCACUAGAGAUUGAUGUGUUCUUUGAGCAAAGUACUGUUGGGAUCAAUUUCUGUUUUUGUUUCUUGGUUGACUUUGAUGGUUCUGAAUCUACUGUCACAUUCAUUUGACAUCAUUUUUGCUCCAUAAACUGACAGCUGAGGUUAUCCUGAAAAAAAAAAGAUGUGUCUAUAUUUGCUGCGCUUAAAAGGAUCAAGUUGCUACAGAGAUUUUUACAGAAAAAAAAAAAAACAGGCGAACCAAAAAUAACAAAAUAUAGCAGGGAGUUCGAAGGGUUAAUGACGGCUGAAUUAUAACAUAGAAAGAGGGGCGAGGCUGCGUUCUCUGGAGGGCACAUCUGAAGUCCGGUUGUGUCCCAGCGGGGUGUCAAAGGCUGCCCCAUCACAACUCAAAGACUCCUUCAAAUAUAGCUGACAACAAGUGUGACCUAGUUUUCCUGGCUCCUUAAACGUGCAGCAAAGAAAACAGGAGCGGUGCGAAAUGAGGGAGGACACAGGGGGUGAUGCAAACAGGAAACCCUCUUCAGACCAGACCGUCUCAUGGAGUUCAGCAUGAGCGGUCUGCAACAGAGCAGGACCAGACCCUGAAUUAGGACUUUGCAAAAAUAAUUGAGUUCCUUUGUUUAUAUCUGUUUGCAAAUCUUGUGAUUCUGCACCUCAGGCAGGAACAUACUGUUGCUCUUUAAAGUAACAUCAUCAGAAGUGCAAUACUCCCUCAAUACUCAAAGUUUUAAAUUACACUUAAUGUGAGUGUUUAACAGGUGAAAAAGGGUUUUUUACUUAAUUACAACAUCCUAUGAUUGCUACUUCAUGGUUGCACUGAUCUCAUUUCAUCCAGAAGACCAUCUCUCUGCAAACACAAUCAACAAAAACUAAAGUUCAAUAAAAGUUUCAUUCUUUAAAGAAAAAAAGGAUGGGACCAUGAACAAGACUGCUGUCUGUGUAAAUCACAGUUUACAAAGAAAUAAUAUGAAGCUCAAACUCAGCAGGAUGGAAAUAGUUGAAUAAAUCUUUGUUAAUAUGGAGAGGAGGACUUUAAGGAGCAAACUUGAAAGAAAGUCGAGAAAAAAUGAGGAUGCUUUUGUCAUAAAUUAGGCAAAAACGUCUAGAAAAGUCACCUGUCUCUGUUUUCAUGCAGCGUGUCACAUUAAUGCAGAAGUUACACCCCUCACUCUUUCACAGAUACUUAAAAUGACCAACUGCAUGUCAGGAAAGAAGUUUAUCGACGCCCUGAAUAAAAAGAUGUGAUUUAUUUUGAAGAAUCUGUCAUUCCUCUUGAAUUACUGAUUUUUCUAAUGCACAAAACUAAGCAUGAAAUAUUCUCUCCUUUCUUAUUUAUUUUACUCUAUUGAAGCUUUUUUGUUUCAUGUUUACUGAAUGAAAGUUUGUCUGCAUUAAAAUACGAUGACAGUGUCAGGACGCUCUGCAGGAAUCCAGGACUAACAACUGAUCGUCUGUCUGUCCGUCUGUUUCUCCCUCUGUCUUGUCUUUCAGUACCGGAUCGGGCAGCUGUACAUGAUCAGCAAACACAGUCACGAGCAGAGCGAGCGCGGGGAGGGGGUGGAGGUGGUCCAGAACGAGCCGUACGAUGACCCCGAGCACGGAUCAGGCCAGUUUACAGAGAAGAGAAUCUACCUCAACAAGUGAGUGUCUUAUCUCCGCCACGCAGCGCGAGCCGAACAUGAUUUUUGCUGAAUUAUUUACCGGGCUCUCACACACACACACACACACACGCCACUGUUUCAUGUUCUCCUUUGAUGCCAAAAGCAGGAAACUGACCUUGAUUUUUUUUAUCCAAAAAUACAGCAAAGCUUUUUUUUCUCUUUCUGCUUCAGAGUUCAGAGUCUUUUAUCGUUAAUCUAACACUAACGAUCUUUGUAUCUGCAGUGAUCAUGAAGCUUUGACGUGUUUUUUAACAUGCCAGCUGUGAUCGACUCGGAUCAUCAACAGUUUGUCAAAUCAUGUCAACACCUGUUAGCGAUCUUAUUUCAGUAACAAGAUAAAGUCACACGAUUCACAGGAUUUCAGAUGUAAGCUGCAGAAAGUGUUUGUGUUGUUUUUCAGAGAUAAAAAACGUGUGGAGGUGUCACUUUUUAUCCCCUCUCAUCCUGUUUUUUUAACUCCGAGCUGCCCUCUGCUUUGUAAGACUUGAUAAGCGUGAAAUUGAGUAUUUGAUUCUCUGUUAUUCAGACUACAAUUGAGUUUGCUAUUACGUGCGCUCCGGAGUGUCGUCCACUAAAUUCAGUUUGUGAAUCUCGGACCUCACCUCACGCACCUGCAAUGUUCUUUUCAUGAUUACUGCAAAGAAGAGAGAUGUGGUAAUUUUCUAAAAUAACGGACUGGCACUUUGACUUUUCAUUAAGUUUACUGAUGAGGUGAAUCCAGGUGAAAGGCAGACUCGGCACCUCGGUGACUGUUCUUAAUAAAGUUGAACCGGUUUGAAGGAUGAGGUUUGGAAAAACAGAAAAGGGGAGCAAAGGAAGAAUUAUGAAGCUGUAUCUGCACGAAACCUGGAUUUUCUGGAGGAUGCUGCAGAAAUAAUCAUGUCUUUGCUCCAGAGGUCUCAUGAUGUGCUUUGACCUGGAAGUUUAACAUCAGAAAAAGAAGAGGGAAAAAUAUAAAAUAUAAUAAAACUGGACUCUUUAGAUGUUUAUAAACAGAUCAUAAAAAAUAUCGGAGAUGGACUUUGAUAUGCCACAUUUAUUCCUGGACUUUCCAGGACUUUUCACACUUCCAAACUUCACUCUCAAACACAAGACAUAACGAGUGUCCAUCAGAGUACGUUGUUCUGAACUAAACAAGCAGACAUAAAAAAGCGACGCUCAGACACGGACUGAACUGCUCUGAUAAAAUCAAAAGUUGUCUCCUGAAAUAGACGGAUAUAAUGACCUGUUAAUGUUUUAUUUUAAUCAUCGUUCUGCCUGAAAACUGCAGUACCAAGAUUGGCCACUUGAGGCUCGUCCGAAAAGUGAGUCAUCCCCAAAUGGUUCCAUAUUAAAAUUCAGAACUUUACAGCAGAAUUUAACAUGUUAAACAAACUAUAAUAAAACAUUUCUUUGUCUCUCUAGCUAAGCUUUUUGUCCGUCUCCUGAAUCCUGUUCACUUCUCUUUUGAGGAGAAGCUUGAAAGUCCUGGAAAGUCCUGGAACCAAUGCGGACAUAACGAAAUUGGACUCUUUAGACAGACCAUAAAAAAUGUCGGAAAAAGACUUUGAUUUGCCGCAUUGGUUCCAGCACUUUCCAGGACUUUCAAACUUCUCCCCAAAAAAGAAAUGAACAGGAUUUAGGAGACAAACAAAAGGCUUAGCUAGAGAGACAAAUAAAUGUUUUAUUACAGUUUAUACAUUGGGAAAUUCUGCUGUGAAGUUCUGUAUUUUAAUAUGGAACCAUUUGGGGAUGACUCACUUUUUGGACGAGCCUCAAGUGGCCAAUCUUGGUACUGCAGUUUUUAGGCAGAACGGUGAUUAAAGUAAAACAUUUACAGGUCAUUAUAUCCGUCUAUUUAGGAGACAAAAUUUGUUUUUAUCAGAGCAGUUCAGUCCAUGUCUGAGUGUCACUUAUAUACAUCUGCUCGUACUCUGAUGGACACUCGCUCCCGGUGUUUUGGCAGAGUUUUAUUCAUAUGCCGCGUCCCUCGGGCGUAAAAAGUGGGUAACUGAAAGGAUGAAACCAACAGAGGAAGAAUCAAAUACUGCCACUGACAACUAGGCCACAAACUCCCAGAAGAACGACAAUAAGACGGAGAAAGAGAGGAGGACAGCAGCAUGGAGGAUAAUAGGGUGAGAGGGAGAGAGAGGGAGAGAGAGGGAUCUGCGGUCAGAAGUGACAAGGAAGAGGGCCUCUGGGAAAUGUGAAGUGUCAUUCACAAACUCAGAGACAAGGAGGGUUUAGUGCCUUUGUCUGUGUGUGUGUGUGUGUGUGUGUGUGUGUGUGUGUGUGUGUGUGUGUGUGUGUGUGUGUGGGCAGAUACCAGGACCAAGUCAGUGUAAAUGAUGGAUAAUUUGAGCAGUCACUGCUGGACGCCGCGCCUGCCUCUCACCACCCACUGACCACCUGCUAGCGUGUUAGAACUACAGUUCGCUCGUGUGUGUGUGCGUCUGAGUGUGUGUGUUUGUGUGUGUCGCGCCUGUAUUUAAGGCAGCGUGAGGACAUGUGACAAGUGUGCUGCACUGGUUCGCUCUCCGGAUGCUGUGAUAGUCCAUCCGAGGCUCCUCACACGUUAGACUCAGAGUUUAAUCGGCAAAAAUACGACCGCUGAUCACUGAAUAAGGAGAAGGAAAGUGGGAGUUAAACAAUCAAUGACUGCUUUAACGAGAAUUAUCCCGAAAGUGAAAUUUGGUAAAACUUAAUGAGGAAUGGGUCUCCAAUUACGGGGCUAUUUGCUGUUGGUGAUAGGCUUGUAUUCACUUUGCAGCAGCUCGGAUCAAAUGUGGUUUGAACGGCGGUAAUCUGCUGUGAAAGGACUUUUUAAAUGAACCGGUCUGCGCUCACUUUAUCUUUGUAUUCCUUCUUUAUUACUUUUUCAUUCAGAAGAUGUCUCAAAGAGGUCCGGAGGUGGAAAAAAGACUGCAGCAAGAAUGAAAAGCACUUAUUUAUCUUGUUUAUUGAAGUAAAAGCUAAAAUUACAGCCUCUGAAAUGUCCUCACAGUAUGAAAGAGUGAGUUUCCCUCGAGAGGAUAUUUCUACCUGCUGAUUUUUUUUUUGCAAUUUCAACAGAACAUCGUCACAUGUCACGAACAUUGAGCAGAGCUUUAGUUUGCUGUUGCUCUGCCUGCUUUAUCAACAGUCAUACUGCUUGAUGACUUGCUGCUUUAACUUAAAUGCACCUGGCUGAAAGACUAAGCACUUUGGGUCCUGCUAUGGAUCAACAGAUUGUCAAUCUGAGUCCCAGAAGGACCCCUGGAAAUGACUAAAUAUAGCCUGGUUUGUUUUCUCGAGCUAAAACCAAAAUGGGAGUCUUCCUGUUGAUUUUAGGGUGUGGGUUCAAGAGAUUUUUUUUGUAGGUAUUGAGGAAACAUAUAUGCAUAUCAAGUUUCAGAAGUCUAGGCCGAACUUUCUGCAGGGGCUGAAUUUUUGAAAAGAGUGACUUUGGACAGGCCCGCCAAUCACAGAGCCAACAUAAAGACAGACGAAAUUUGGGUGAAAUUCGAGCACUUAGAGAGAACAAGAGAGAACACAGGGAGAACAUGCAUUAGUCAGGUUUACAUGUGCAAAAAUUAUUGAUCUGAUAAAAGAUUUGAGGGAUCAGAUAAUCUGAGUCCACUGUUUAUUUGGGCGCAAAAUCCAAAAAACGAUGUGCACCAAGCUUUAUUCAGAUUAGAAGUAUUUGGACAUGUGCAGAGUUGUCUGAUUUAAAACUAAAACAUCUGCAGAAGAAGAUGAGUUCAUAAUGAAACCUCCUGUACUGACCUCAAUAAAUAAAGAGUUAAGAUCAUGGACGUGUUUCAGAAUAAUGAUUGCAAUACAAUUUCUUUCCGAUUGAAUCAGAAUCUUCUGAUCGACACGUUUACAUGGCGCAUUUUUAUUCCGAUCGGGCCUUUAUUCCAAUUAUCUGUGUCCAUGCAAACACAGCUAGUGUGCACACAAUGAGACUCUCAGUGGGAUUUGAACCAGCAACCUUUUGAUCGGGAAUCAGCACCACCGUGCGGCCUUAAACACAGAGCAGAUGCAUGAAACGCUGAAGUUCCAUGACUGAAUAUUUGUUGCACUAAUCGCUCAAAUCUGUUCCUGAGUAAUUUACCUCCAGCUGGCUGAGGUCUCCUGUUACACUGACAUCAUUUGCAUUUUGAUUGGACGUCUCAACAAGAUUCUCACUUUUACUUUUGUGCAACUUUUUUUUUUCUGAAUCGAUUUCUGCUGAGUAACCGUCGCUCUAUUAACUUCCCCAACCUUCUUUGUCUCUAUAUCAGGGUGCGAACUCCAGCGUAGGGUACAGAGGUUUGAUAACGGUUAUGAGCUCCCAUAGGGGCCAUCAUGGCUGCUUGGAUCGCCUCCAUUCUGGCUCCAUACAGCUCGAUUAUUUCUCAAGAUGAUCCGGCUGAAGAAGAGAAAGGGAACCCACUCCUCCGUGUUUUUUAUCCUCUCUCACUCUUUCUGUGUUUCAGCAAGCUGCCCAGCUGGGCCCGAGCUGUGGUCCCUAAAAUCUUCUACGUCACAGAGAAGGCUUGGAACUACUACCCAUAUACCAUCACAGGUAAGGCUGCAAUUAUACCUCGAUGUAGUCCUCCCAAGAGUCCAAAACACCCUCAGGAUUGGCUGUUUCGUUUUACGUUUUCAUUUCUCUGAUCCAUAACUCCCUUAGAUGUUUCAUAGCUCUAAUACAUCUAAAGGAAACAUUUUCUAUCGGAGCGGGCUGGCAGGUACCAAAGUACCCUUCACAAAGAAAAUCACAGUUUCUCAUUAGCACUGGCAACACCAAUCUCAGUGUCAAAUCUUUGUGUGAUGUGUUGCACAACAGCAGUAAUUGGCAGUGUUUUAUGUGUUAUUGCGGCGCACUGAGUGCACCUUUAAGUGGUGUUUUUUAUCAUCCGCGGUGUAAUAUCUCUCAGGUUUGAAGGGUCCACAACAAACUUGACACCAAAAUUGCGGUUUUGCCGGAUAGCGGUUUAUCUGAUUUGAGGUUUUCAAUCAUCACAAAUAUGUUAAAUUGAAAUUUGGUGUUUUUUUAAUACCAACAACCAAAAGGUGAAGUUCUCUGGAUUGAAGUUCAGAGGGUUCAGCUUCAUAUUGGAAAAACCAAUAAAACUAACCGAACUGAGACUUGAAAUACACACUGUAUGUUUGUUUUAAGAGCCCACCUAUGUAAGGAUAUUUUAUCUGAAUAUGACGACUUUGAAAUUUUUGUUUGGCACUUCUUUCUUUCUUUCUUUCUUUCUAACUGAAUUAUUUCUCCUCCGUUUGUUUGUCUCUCUCUUUACUUCAUGAUUCCACCUCCAUCACCCACCUCCCAUUCAACCGACCGGCUGCUUCUGUCUGCUGGGAAUACAAUCAGAGUACACGGUGAGUACUCGCACAUUACACACUAAAACACAUGAACCGCAUUGAUGCAAAAUGUCGCGGGGGGCAGAGUCAAAGUGGACGUACUUUGUUGUAGGUGAAUGGACGCGUCUUUUCUGAUGGACUGCAGGUUUAGCAGGAACUCACAUGGACAUACAAAAAUGAAACAUGCAUUAUCCGUCACACUUCUGUAUCUCUGUCUUUGUUGUCCUUGAAACGAUGGAGGUCAUGUUUAUGCUGUUCGGUAAAAAAAAGUGCAUUUGUGCAGCUUUCUCUUCUCCCGCCUGAACCUGCUUCAGCGACAUGCUAACGUCCACAUAUUGAUGACUGAAGCUGCAAACCUGUCUGUCAACAUCAACCCCGACCACAGACAGUUCCUCUGGUGUCUUGAACAGAGACUAGAAAAACUAGUACCGUAUUUUUUGCACUAAUAAGGUGCACCUGAUUAUAAGGCGCGCCAUCAAUGAACGUGUCUAUUCGUGUCUAUUUUCAUACAUAAGGCGCACCGGAUCAUAAAGCACAUCAAGCCAAACAAAACAGUCAGAUAAGUCAAACUUUAUUCAACUCAGUCAAUAACUCCGCAAGGUUACGGUAGCUGCAGUGCCCAGACAAGCCAAAAAGAUUUUAAAUGCGUCUUAUAGUGCGAAAAAUAUGGUAAUUGAACCCGUGAUUGUACGGAUAAAGCAUCACCCUCACCUUCCAACAAACAGAUGCAUCUACCGUAGGGCUGGGUGAUAUGGUCUCAAAUCAAUAUCACAAUAUAUUGAUCAGUUCACCUCGAUAACCAUAAAUGGAUGAUAACUACUUCACAAGCUGCUCACCCCCUCCCACAUUAACUUUGUCUACUUCAGCCGCUACAACUUUUGACCCAUCCUCCAUCUCCUCACCUGUCUUUCCCUCUUUGUUACGGACUGGAUGGGGUGGAGUCACGUCUCUGACGUAGGACAGCGUCUUAAAGGGACAUGAGACCAUAGCCUACCUACACACAUCCAAAACCAACUUUGAUUUAUGAUUUCUUUGGACACCGAAUAUACCGAUAUGGGCAAAAUGACAUUGAUUAUUGUCGUAAAUUUCGGUAUCGGUAAAUUUUCGGAUUGUCACCCAGCCCUACCUACAUCAGGACUUUUAUGAAGCCCAUCUAUCAUUUCAACUUUACAGCCCUGUAAACUGUAUCUAAGGCUUCUAGUACAAAGAGAAUAGCUGUAGCAAUAGGGCUGGGCGAUAUGGUCUUAAAUCAAUAUCCCGAUAUAUUGAGCAGUUCACCUUGAUAACGAUAAAUGGACGAUAACUACUCCACAGGCUGCUCACCCCCUCCCACAUUAACGUCGUCUACUUUAGCUGUUGGUUAUUGUCGUAAAUGUAAUUAUUGGUAGAUUUUCGGUUUAUCACCCAGCCCUAAUCUACCAUCAUGUACAAACAUAGCUCUGAUCUGACGUGCAUAUUAGUUUUGAUCGGCAGGUUUUUUGUGUGUAUUUGCUGUUUUUUAUAAACAGUGUCUGUGUUUGCAGCAUGUCCCCUCACAGUCCAAAAUGAAUCCAAGUCGCAGUUUUUUCUCCACCGCUAAAUUGGCACCAACUGAUCAGAUGGUCGCUCUCAAAUUUGGGCUUCUUCUUCUGUGGUUCCGAUGAGUGUGAAAGCAUCACCAGCCUUCGUUCAAGCUGUAGAAGUUCGACAUUCGGGGGGGAUAGAAAUGCAACUUUUUUUUCUUAUCUGCUGUGAUGAAUUCAGAUUUUAUAACCGUAUGUAUGGAUGUUUUUCUCUGAAGUUACGGGAUGUAGCAAACAUUCCCCUGCGUCAUCACUGCCAUGGCCGACACCGUGUUAAAACAGCUCAUGAGAGAAGGUGUGAUGAUCUCGAGCUUUAAUCUCUAAAUUUGGAGAGGGGAGAAGUAGGGAGCGUAUGUGCUUUCUGACAUUUUGAUUUUGUUAUUCUGACCUUCAUUGAUCAGAUUGUGCUCACAGCGACAUUAAUCUAAUCCGCUCAUAAAUUACAUCUUGUCUGAGAUUUUUCAUUUUCUCCUCAGUGACAUUUAACUUCAGCCAUCGGUCAGACGCACGCUGUGAUCGGACUCUGUGAUUAAACCCAAAUCUGGUGUUUUAAGAUUUAUUCUGCUUUUAAAUCUGUCGUGGAUGUUUGUUUUUAUUCAGAUAAUCAAAAUCUACAGCUGUUGAUUAAUUUAUUUUGCUCGGAGCGAGGGUCAGGCUGCAAAUGUCAGGAUCCGUUGGGAUUAGAGUCACGCAGGGAACAUGUUGAUUUGGUGUUUUUGGUGCACAAAAUAACAUAAACAAGUGUGUGUUAACAAAUGCAUGAAGGUCUGAUUGGUGAGAUUAACAUUUGUGGUCUGAAUCACGACCAAAUAAAGCAGCAGUUCUCCUCUGAGCUGCACAUCCUCCUCAUGUCCCUCAGGGAUCACACAGACACCUCAUGAGGGAGUCUCAUCAUCCCGAGUCCGAUUUUUUUUCAUUUUUCUACUUGGCAUGCACAGGUUGAAACGUGAAAAUGACUCGUCACCUUCAAGCCCUGAUCUCUAUUCACCCAUUGUCUGAUACUUCACCUGAACCCCUGCUGCGCCAAUCGAGCCAGUCGAUACCUACUAAUCAAGCAAAUUUCCCUUCGAAGUCAUUAAGAAAACCCUGCAGCUGCUGAAUCGACUGUCGCUGAAAAAGAGCACUAAUGAUUUGCUCUGGGGAGUCAGAGGAACAUCGGCCCGCUCACCUUAUGUCUGCUGCAGAGAGGAAACAUCAAUGAGGCAGAAAUAAAAUCAGCAGCAGCAGCAGCAGCAGGCCCAACUCUUCCCCCGAGAGGGAACAGACACAGGAACAUCUGUAUGUUGGAGGGAGGUCAUGAGGGCUGAGAGAGACGAGGGAAUGAGCAACUUUUUCACAAACUCAAGAGUGCACAGGCGUUCGGUUUUAACCUGUAAAUCUGAUCUUUAGAGGGGCAGACAGAGGUGCAUCUGUAACUUUAGUAUCUAGAGACUGUGUUGAAAAUGGUGCAAAAGGUUAGUAUCAUGGUAUGAAGUGACUGCACAGAUUAAAAAAGGGAUUUUCAGCUUGAGGAAAGAGUCUCGGAUCAAACUCCCGACUUCAUGACGGAAAGGACGACCGACUCUACCGCUGAGCCAGAGCCGCCCUUCGGCAAAAUCGAGUGGAUAAAGUAUCCGGUGCUGCACAGGGCCUCCAUAAAUCUGUAUGUGAGGAAAUAGAGUUUUUCCCGUUUCAAUCAGUCUCCUUCGGCGUUUCAGCAAGUGAUGGUUGUGUCUAAAAAUCAGUUUGAAGGACACAAAUAUCAAAGAAGAACAGUUUCAGAGUCCCCCCCUUCGGACACGUGAAUACACUCACUCCUGGUUUAUUAAACAACAGCUUCUGAAACCUGAAACUGUGAUGUUUAAGAGCUGAUAAGCAGUGAUUAAUGCAUCUAAAAGCAUCGAGGUGUGGCCAAAUGUGUCUGCGCGUGUAUUAGUGUGUGUGUGGGUGUAGUGAUUUGGCAGAAAAAGGGGAAAUGUGCGGCGCUGUUGUAAAUUUACACAGUGAGAGAAUAAUCAUUACUCCUAAUCUGGUUUGGGCUAUAAAACACAGACGCACACUUUGUCACGCUUCUGCCGCCACGAAUCAGGCGACGGAAAUCUUUCAGCUUCUCACGACUAAUUAUCAUCUGACUAAACAACGACCGUGUUGAUCCAUUUUACUGCCUCACCAAUCCAGACAGUAAAGAUCAGUGAACCGCGGUUUUGUUUAGGUGUUAGAUAUAUGAGAUAAAUGUGCAGUCGGAAGAUUUAUAUGUUUACAGAAAAUCGUUUCUCUUCUUUUCGUUUUAGUGUUCCUUCCUUCCCAAGUUUUCCAUCCACAUCGAGACCAAGUACGAGGACAACAAAGGGUGCAACGAUAAUGUGAGUGUAACGUCACGUCUCUUUUCCUCGUUUUUCUUUCUUUCAUGUACUUUUACCUGCUCCAUGUUGCACACCUGUCUGUUUUAUUGCCUCAUUUUUAUCCUCCUAUAUGAUUCUCAAUCCACUGGAAAACCUGAAAACCAGCAGAGGUGGGUGAACUCUCGUGUUCAGGCAGGAUUGCAUCACCGUGGCAUCAGUUAAUUCAAAGAUUCAUCUCAUGGUUUAAUAAUUUACUAGAAAGCGCAGGGUAUCUGGGAUAUGUGCUCAGUUUGUAGUUAAGGCAACAAUUUUACUGUUUUUCCUCGUUCAGGAAAUUAAUUUAAAUGAAAAACAGUGUUUGAGGAUGAGACGCACUUUUAAUUUACAUUUUUGUCAUCCGAUAGUGGAGCCGUGACCAAUAUAGUAUAAAAAAACAAACACAGAGAAAGGUAUACUGUUAAUUUACAGCAUACUUGAUUCCAGUCUAAGUUGACCAAUUUCAGGUCAUGAUAAUGAAAGCAGGUGUUGAAUGUUGAAAAGACUCCUCAAUUUAAGACUAAAUGAUCACCUGUCAGAGGAGCAGGAAGGCAAUACGCGCUCAGGAAGGCAAUCAGUGGGCGAGAGCAGGAACUUGGCUUCACGCUAACACCAAGGAGGUCGAGGCGACACCCUGCAGUGGUCCUCACAGACCUCGACUAUGUGGAUGACAUAAGUCUGCUCUCCGACAACGUGGAACAAGCACAAGAACUGCUGAACAGGGUAGAGCUAGAGUGCGCCAAGGUUGGCCUUAGGCUAAAUGCCAAGAAAACUGAGGUCAUCACCUACAACGUUCCACCAGAACAUCAACCUCUGACUACAGCAGGAGGCGCUGUGCUGAAAGAAGUCGAGGACUUCAAAUACCUGAGCUCAUGGGUCAGCUCAACUGAACAAGAUCUAAAAGUGAGGAAGGCACUUGCAUAGAGAGCCAUGAACGGCAUGACCGGUGUAUGGAACUCCAACCUCCGCCGCCAAAUCAAACUCAGCUUCUUCUAUACGACGGUAGAGUCUGUUCUCCUCUAUGGCAGUGAAUGCUGGACCCUGAAGCCAACCCUGGAGAAAUCCCUAGGUGGGUGCUACACCAACAGAACACUGUACGAGGGAAUACCAAGGGUGAGCGAGAAGACUGCUGUAAGGAGAAUGAGACUAGCAGGACACUGCCAAAGACAUCGGGAACUGCCAGUCAGCAAAUUGGUGCUGUGGGAACCAACACAUGUGCAUCGGUCAAGAGGACGUCCUACACUAACAUACGUGGACAUACUCAAGAAGGACGCAGGAGCUAAGAGUACCAACGAACUGGCGAGAUGUAUGGAGAAUCAGAAAGACUGGAAGCGACGAUGGAAGGCUCGUCUGAGGACGACAUAGAGAGGGCAAGUCUCUUUGAAUUGGAUGAAGUACGUGGGUUUAUCCGUACCUCGAAAUGCUAUUGUAGCUGUUAUCUCAACCACCGCACUGUCAGCUAGCAGGACUGCAAACUCCACAUAGUGAAACAGAAAGAAAGAGCUACACGGCUGCACGAAAACUGCACAUUGCUGAAUCCACUCGAAAUCCUCACAGAGGUCGUCGGGGAACACAUUUCCCCAAAAACAGACCCUAUCUUACACACUGGUGUGACCUCUAUAUCUUUUAUUUAACAGUAAUUUACUGUUAAAAGACAAAAAGUGAUAAAAAUCUGACAAACGUGCAUCCAUACAUGUUACUGACUCUAUUUCACCAUGACACCAAGUCAAUCCCGUUAAGUUAGGACCUCCUCUGAUGAAUAAGUCCUAUGUUAUAAGUCGGGACAUGUUUGGCGCACUAAUAACAAAAAGUUGGAACAGCUUUUUUUCUCACAACUCUAACAAGUUUGAGUUUUUUCUUCUCAAAGCCUGAGGGAAACGUCAGAAUAGUUUUUUUUGUAAUUUACACGUCUCUUUUUCUGUCUAGUUGUGUAAAUAAUGGUGUCUUGUGAGCCCCCUGGGUUGAGUAUACGUGCACGACUCAAUAAUAAACAUCAGUCACGAUCAUCAGUAUCCAGCUGUUCCCUCCAAAUCUCGAUUUGACGUCACAUGAGAAACAUAAAACCUUCCUGCUGAGUUAGAUUAACAGUUGAACGGCCUCGACUUUCCUCAUUAGUGCAGCAAUUACAGCAGAGAGCACAUCAUUGUCUGGUGUGUCAUUGGCCAACAUAACAAUCUUUGUUAUCCCAAGAUAAUGAGCAAAAUGUCAAAUGAGGAUAAAGCCCUGACUCACUUUCAUAAAGCUGUAAUACCUGUAGAGAUAAAAAAGGAAGAAAAUCGUUUUUGAACGAGAGAAACAAACGCAGAUCGAUGUUUGACGCCUCUCUUUGUUUUCAUCUCACGCAGAAACUCUCCGUCUGCUCCUCACCUUUCUUUCUGUACCAUUUAACACAAAUCUGAAGGUUAUGCAAUCCUGCUUCAGUACAGACUGUCAGUGAAAACAAAAGGCUGCAGCUCCCCCUAGUGGUGAGAAAUUAGAGUUGCAAAGCCUGUAAUGACGGAUUCACAGACGUGAGAAAUUCACUUUUAAGAAUGAGCGACGAGAAGUGAACGUGUUUAGGGAUUAAGAGAAGAAGAAGAGAUGAUAGGAGUGUUUGCUUCCUAACUUUUGAUUUCACUUUCACUACACAACUCUGAAAGAAGACACCUGAGUGAAAAAGUUUGUCACAGAGGUAAAACUGCAGACUAUAAUCGAAGUGUUAAACUCAAACACGUCCCUCUCUUACAGCUGUUUCUCUUUCAAACACAGGAUAUGAAUAUCCGUCACUUAAAUCAUAUUUUGAUGCUCAUUUCAAUUAAUUAAAUGCACAUUAACUUUGAUCUUUCAUGCAAAUUGUUGGGAUGAGUAACACUCCACCGCUCUCGAUCUCAAAUUGCACCUGUCAGUCAUAGAUAUUACAUUUAUUAGACGCCUCUUUCUGCAGCGUUGAGCUCACUCUCCUCGUCUGUUUUGUCUCGAUGAGCUUCAUUAAAUCUUUCUGUAUGGAGUCUGCACUGACGGAAACACCAAAAGCUCAUGUUAUUACAUAUAUUCAGGUUAAAAUCAGUGCAUAAUGAUGCAAAUAACAAUAAAUACUUCCUCUUGAAUCUGUUAAAGCUAAGAGUAAAAAGUACAGAUUUGUGUUGGAGGACGGUACAGAUCCCUAAAAACUUGAAUAAAAGUUUGAAGGAGGAAGUAUGACGUUUCUCUAUUAUCAUGAAUAGAGACGUUAACAAGCUCACACUGCUUUGCUUCUCCUGUGUGAGUCAGACGAAGAAACAAAUCCCUGACCACACGCCGCGUCCCCGACUGUGAGUCAUGUUUAUCCUCGUUUUUAUGUAGUGGUGAAGGUGAAGCCAGAGGGAAGGAAGGUGCUAACAAUGUCAUCUACCCUCUCUACUCUGAAACCCCCUCGGCUCUUUGAACCUCCACUCUCCUGCGUAACAUUUCAACAUUUUCUGACACAUCAUCCCACAACAUUUGUCAACCUUUGAAGUGCAUCAUUGAUUUUUUUUUUUUUUUUCCUCCAAACUGUCCCCCUUUUCCUCAGAUCUUCGGCAGCGAGCCCCGAGAGGAGGAAACAGAGGUGUGUUUGGUGGACAUCGCCUACGACGAGAUCCCCGAGCGUCAUUACAAAGACUCAGAGGUGAGGAGAGGCGCUGACCUGCAGGGUGGAGUUUUGUUAGGAGAAAGUGUCGCAGAGUUUGGAGCGGAGGGAGAUGAAUUUGUGCGCACGUGGCAGAGACAGAGGGAGGUGGAGGAAAUGUUCGAAAAAUGAGACAGAAGAGAAUCAAAACAGAGGAGAGGAGACGAAGGAUGGCGUGAGCAGAUAAACAAAAAAGUGCGAUAUCUCUCUCGGCUCAUUUUUGACCACCCGCUGACCAUCUGCUUCAUCAGACUGAUAGAAAUGUGUGUGUGUGUAUGUGUGUGUGUGUGUGUGUGUGUGUGUGUGUGUGUGUGUGAGAGAGAGAGAGCGAGGAGAAAUGGACAUCGCCUUGGUGAUUUGACAUUUGUAUGCGUGUGCGUGGGCCUGUUUCUCAGGGUGUGAUGUGAUCAAAAACUCAGCUAUUAAUAAUCACAAGGGGUCAUAAUGUCACCGCAGUGUUUUAUUAUUGACGCUCAGAGUACAGAAACACACACACACACACGUGAGUACACACACCUCCCUCCAGGAUUUAUAGUCUCCCCUCAGAGCUAAAAAUAGCACGGAGCCGCAGUCAGAGCUAAAAUUAGAUCUCACGUGUCUGAUUUUAAAGACAGAUGGGUCUUGGAAAGUCACACCUGUCGAUGCACCACAAGGGCUCCUGGGUAAUUAAUUUAUACAUGAAUGAAUCACAGUCAUUAAGGCGGUUAAACAAACACGACACGAUGGCACUUUCAGCAGGUGUGUAUCGACAGUGAGAGCACUUCAGGUCAAAUACGAAGCAGCGGCGACAGACGUGCUGACUCUCUCUCUGGUGUAUCAAAAUCUGACACCAAGUUGAUUGAAUUUGCUUCAGUUGUAUCUGCUGAGCUGAACGGACAGUGUGCAAAACAUUCACAUUCAGUUUCAGUAACGUCCACUAAAAAACAUCUGCAGACUGUGAGCUGUUGCGUGCAAAAGAGCACCUCUGGAGGUGACUGUAUGAGCCCACGGCCAAUCAGAUCGGGGCAGCAGAAAUAUAAACAGACAGCAGCAUGCAGAGGAGAAAAAGCACAACUUCCUCAUUCAUGAAUACUGUAUUUGCAGCUGAUCCUGUUUCAAUGAAAAUACAUCAUUUAAGGAAAGCACCUGUAGCAUAUUUACCUGACCUUCCCUCCUUUGGUUCAGUAUACCUGACCACGCCCCUAAAUAUGCAAAUACAGGCACAGCUAUUCACCUGGUUAUCAUUAAAACAGAGUAAUUUAAAUUCUAAUCUGCAUAAAAUAAGCAGUCAGUACCACUUUUAUUGUAAAUCAGGCUGCAUGCAUAUAAAACAGGUGUUAACAGGGAUGAUUUGGAUUCUGCAGUCUGCCUCAAGUGGACAUUCAAGGAACUGCAUCGGCUUCAUUUUUCUUCUCUGGGAGUUGAUCCUUCGUCCCGACUAAGUUCUUUGCUUUUUAUGCUACAAUUCAUGAGUUGCAUCCAUAGACUGUAUCUCGAAUGGACGCCGUCUGCCUCCUCGCUGGGUGUAACCACUCCGAGAACAGCACCCUCUGGUGACAGGCUGCAGUAUAGGUCAUAAAUCCCACCUUCGCCAGCAAAGAUUAUGGAGCUGUGGACAAACUUUGGAAAUUUAUACACAGAAUAUAGUUUUUUUCAACCUUUGUAGUUCUCAAGUCCUCUUUUUUCCGUUCAGCUCCAUUUUGUUUUCUAUGAUUGACACUUGAUACAGCCUAUGGGCGUACGAAGAUUGCGUAGCUCACCUGGGGGAUACGUUGUUUGAGCCGAGCGUCAACACAGCGACUUUCAGCAACUCUCCCGCCGAAUGUGUACAACGCUACUGCGCAAUGUUGGUUUCACAAGUUACCGAGAGCUUGUCGGCUUCAUAUCCGUAUACUGGCGGAAGGCGGAACCAAGUUGUCCGUAGUUUAUACAGUCUAUGGUUGCACCUGUUGGAAGAUGGUGUGUCAUGCAUUUGGGGGGCAUUUUUCCACAAUACAAAAGGCUCCAACCUCUCACUGCAAACAAGCAAAUGUACGUGCAUAACUUAAAUCAGGAGUCCACGUGUUGUUGGGAAAAGUUCUGGUAUUUGUAAGAUUUGACACUAAUAUAUGCAGCAGUUAAUCCUGCGCUACAGCAGAUAGAGUGAUUUCUAAAAGCUGGUAUCUCAGCGAAAUGUCACUUUAAACACAUUAAUUCAAGAGACAAUGGUUCACAAAGUGAGGUCGUAGAGGAGGUGACACGGCGUUGUGUAAAAAAUAAUAAAUUAAAAUGCCAAAGUUAAUUUUUACUCUCAUUAGCAUUUCUCUUCUGUCCUGCUCUCUGACUGCCGUGAAACAUGAUUAAAGAUUUUUAUGCGCAGACAAACACAACAGACCUCUCCCUGCUCCUCUGCAAGUGUUCCUCCCUGCACACGUUCACAGUCCAUGCAUGACCCCAUGACGAAUGAGGACCACAGUGUAAUGAGUCCGUGGGGAGCAGUGAUUAAUGCACAGAGAGCUCAUGAGGAGGGACACACACUGUGCAGAUAGACUGCCCCCUAGAGGAGGCCAGUGGUGAAUCCUGCUCAGAGAUGGUAAUGAGAGGCGAGGCUGUAAAAAGAUGCAAACCUUUAAAAUAAUGAUGUCUCCUUUACCCUUGCAGGACCUGCGGUAUUUCAAGUCGAAGAAGACCAGCCGAGGCAUCCUGCAGGAGGGAUGGAUCGACACCCAGGACCCCAUCAUGUGCUCCUACAAACUUGUCACUGUGAAGUUUGAAGUGUGGGGGCUGCAAACACGUGUGGAGCAGUUCGUUCACAAGGUCAGGAUGAAAUAAAAAGCUCUGUCAUUUCCAUGAGGGCAAACCUGCAGAUUCCUUUUCUUAGACAGACUUCUGGACCCUUCAGUAUUAGCUGCAGAGGCAUUUCAUUUUCUGCUCUGAUAACAUUUGACACUUGACCACUUGGUCGUGAACCGAAUCGGAUGUUUCAUUAUUGCCCUCUACAAUAUCCGCUCUUCUCAAACCCUACAGAAAACACCUCCCUCCACCUCUGCUGCACAAUUUAAACUUCAAAAUCUCCUAUUUUCCAAAUCCCCUUCACCUCGCCCGGCGCAGCAUCUGUCCCUUGUGUGAACUGUCCCUGUGCUCUCCUUGCCUGAGGCUCACACACACACACACACACACACACAGGCAGAGCCAUUACUCAUACAGUGACUCAUAUUAAUCACAUCCCUCUGGGGGUGAACGGAAAUAUUUACAACUUUAAAAGCCUUUCAAACUCUCCUCAGUCGUCAGAGUUAACCCACUCUGAUUCACAUCCUCUGUCCUUGAGCUUCCUUCCUGACGCUCUUUGUCUCUCCUCCUCUGUGACCUUGCCUCCUUUGCCUCAUUUCUUAUCACUUUUUAUCCGACUCUUCCUAGGUGAUUCGAGACGUCCUGCUUCUGGGCCACAGGCAGGCCUUCGCCUGGGUGGAUGAGUGGAUCGGUAAGUUUGUAAAGGUGGCAGGAUGAGUUUUCUCUUGAGAUCUUUAAAGACGAAUUAAUGUCCUUAAAGGGAUAUUCCGGUGUAAAAUUAACUUAGGGUCAAACACACUGUAACACCGAGUUAGACACCCCCUGAGAGAUGAAUGUUGGGAUGAAUGAAUACCAACUUCAGUAACGAUCGCAGGAUAGCAAGACACAGAGCCACGUGCUCAACCAAAAAGUCACUCUUUAGCCACAACUACUCUCUUCCAGCAGCCGUUUGUUUGUAGCGAGACCUCAGGACAGUCCAUUACGGACUGCUGGGGGGUGCAGCAGCUCAAGGAAGAACAUUUAUGAUCAUUUCUUCAUGGAAAUACAAUCAGACCGAGACGCUAAGGCAGAAGAACUACAGCGUCUGCAGUGAAAAAUGAUUAAUAUGGUGAUUAUUACUUCAAGGAAAUGAUAAAGAAAUGAUCAUAAAUGUUCUUCCUUGAGCUGCGGCACCCCGCUGUAGUCCGUAAUGAAUUGGCCUGAGGUCUCGCUACAAAAAAGUGGCUGCUGGAAGGAAGUGGGAAAGUUGUGUUUAGUCUCUUUGCUGAAGAAAUCAGGUGAAGUUAAAAGUAAGUUUAGUGGCUAGUACUAAUGGCUCCUCAGACCGCUGUGUAUUGCGAUCUACGGUCGGUUCUAAAGCUGGUAUAACUAGAGAAGCAAGCGGUCGGCAACAUUAAUCUCUUGAAGGGGUGUCUAACUCUGUGUUACGGUGUGUUUGACCAUAACUUAAUUUGACAACAGAAUAUCCCUUUAAGACCGGUUGCAGAUGUGCUCCUCAUUUCAUUAAUUUACAGCAGGCUGUACACUGUAGACAGUUAUGCAACCAACAGAAACAAGGUCGAUGUUGUGCGGUGCCGCCUGGAGGUCAUUCACGAGUUACCAAAGGUCUCCUUAUAAUCCUGAUCCUGUUCUGAAAGGACUUGUGACUCUAAACGAUGUUCUUAUAUCAGAAAUAGACAUGGAUGGUUGCUCUUAUCUAAAUCAGGAGAUACUGGACAGGGUUUUUUUAAACACUAGACCAAAUUAAACAAAAAGAAACAAACAGAGACGCUGAGAGUCGUUCUGAAAGUGUAACGUCUCCGUCUUCUUCCAGACAUGACCAUGGAGGAGGUCAGAGAGUACGAGCGAGCCACACAAGAAGCCACCAACCUGAAAAUCGGCACGUUCCCCCCGACCAUCUCCAUCACAGAGACCCCGCUGGCAUCCUGCGCCCGCAGCGGCCCCAACAGCGCCCCGUCCACCCCCCUCUCCACAGAGGCCCCCGAGUUCCUCUCUGUGCCAAAGGAGCGCCCCAGGAAGAAGUCCGCCCCUGAGACCCUGACCCUGCCGGACCCGGGCCGCAGAGAUUCCCUCUUCAAACUGCCGAGCUUCUUCUCCUGGAACUCCAGUCCGCAGCCCGAAUGA